GCGCUCCCGAGACAGCAGGAAACAUGGCGGCGCUCAUGACUCUCACCCAGGUAACUCCAACUACUUACCAAACAUCUUACUUUCCAGAUGUUUUUUGCUAUGGUUAAAUGGUGUACAUUAGCGAGUGUUUCACAAAUCUUGAAAGUGAUUGAAUUAUAUGGUAGCCAUCAGCCGAGAGGUCAAAGAUUGAUGCAGGUCCCCUUGUUAGCUAUCUAGCUAGCUGUUAGCAUUUUCGCCAACAGGAAAGAAGCCGACAAUGUAGCUAGUUGUGUUAGCUAAGUGAUUGCUAUCUAGCUAGCUGUAGCUAUAUUUAGCUAAUAUCCCGAAUCACAUUGACAAUGUUCACUAUCGUAGUUGUGUCAGUAACACUGUCAAACAAUUAGCUACUAGUCUUUUUGGAGUUAGCUUGUUAGCAAGUCACCAAAAGUUGAACUGCAGUAGUGUUUGUUAGCUCAGCUGUCAUUUCAUUGUUGAUCUUCCUAAUCUUCACACUGUUUCUUAUGGCUAUUGACUUGCUCAAUUUUAUUACAAGUAAUGUGGGUUGCUCCAGUUAGAGAUGAUUAUGGCAGACUUGAAACCACUUCAUACUGACAGUGACACAGAUUUAGACUGUUGAUUCACUAUGACUUCACCCGUGACAGCAUAUAGGCUACAUCUUUGAAGUCUUUCCUAAAUGUGUUGAAUGUAGUACGCCCAAAUUGUGUAAGUAAAACGUGCUUUUUUUUUAAAACUACAUCUCCCCUGACCUUUCUUGAUUUCUCUGUAGUUAUCGAGUGGAAACCCAGUUUACGAAGUCUACUACAGACAGGUAAAUGUCCACCGCUGAAUGAAUGAUAAUUUGUGCCAUUCAUGUUUUUUUGUUUGUUACCCAAUACAUUGACAUUUAAUGCGUAUGUCUCUACAGAAGCUAGCCAUUCUGCGCCUUCGUUCUACAAUGCAUUACAUUGCAGUUCCAAUUAGGGACGUGACAAUCUUGCUUAGGGUUUAAACGGGCAUCUUUUAAAAUCGGUUUUCCAUUAAAACGAUAAGAAAAAAUCUUCAAAUUCCACGUCAAUUUACAAUGCAGAAUAAUGGUCCUAUUACCUAUAAUUGACCGCCAGGUCAGGGUAAUUAAGUUAUCUACUUCAACCCUUUACAGACAUAGAACGCAGCUACAGUAACAUGUCGAUAGCGACAAUUGAUAACUUUUCAGACAAUUAAAAAAAGUGCCGCAUCAGGUCUGUACCUUUGCGCGCAGCAGUUGGAGAUUAUUUGAUUGACGGUUCUGGUUGCCUAGUGAAGAAGCGGCAUUCCUUUACAGACAAGUAAAAUGUCCGUUCAUAUCACCAGAGAAGGUUUGGUGUCGGCAUUUUAAAAACCGUAGUGUAGCCUACCCUAACAGACAAUCAAACAUGCCGUAGCCGAGGCGAUUUCAAGGGGCCACAUCCCAAUAUGUCUGAAAAUCGUAAUCGAUACAGGCUACUGUCAUUUCAUAUGAGACCAAAACUAAGUAGGCUACCCUGUGCUCGCAAGACUGGCCCUAAAACGUCGGUGCCAUGAAUAGGCUAGGAUAUUCUACACGCAACAGACCGAAGACUGAACACACACUUGCAUCAUUAGCGAAGACCGAGCAGGCAUGCCAGCGCCAGGGAGAGAGAGACAGAAGCAUGCUCAUAUGUUUUGGUAAUCUGCAUCUUGCAAUGUCUUGUCAUGCAUUGCAAAUUCACCAAGUAGCCUACAUUUCGCCUCUUCCUCUCUGGUUUUAUUUGAAUUGCACAACUUCCCCAGGCCUUUAUAGCCUAUUUGGCUAUAACACGGAAAAUAAUGUUUUGUUAUAACUAAACUGUGAUUUAUAAUUAAUUGGGGGGAAAUACAUGGUUUUUCGGUUAGGGAUUUUUGUUAACGUUAAGGAUCCCAACGUGUAAUCAAUCAAUCAAUCAAUUUUAUUUUAUAUAGCCCUUCUUACAUCAGCUAAUAUCUCGAAGUGCUGUACAGAAACCCAGCCUAAAACCCCAAACAGCUAGUAAUGCAGGUGUAGAAGCACGGUGGCUAGGAAAAACUCCCUAGAAAGGCAAAACCUAGGAAGAAACCUAGAGAGGAACCAGGCUAUGAGGGGUGGCCAGUCCUCUUCUGGCUGUGCCGGGUGGAGAUUAUAACAGAACCAUGCCAAGAUGUUCAAAAAUGUUCAUAAGUGACAAGCAUGGUCAAAUAAUAAUCAGGAAUAAAUCUCAGUUGGCUUUUCAUAGCCGAUCAUUAAGAGUUGAAAACAGCAGGUCUGGGACAGGUAGGGGUUCCAUAACCGCAGGCAGAACAGUUGAAACUGGAAUAGCAGCAAGGCCAGGCGGACUGGGGACAGCAAGGAGUCACCACGGCCGGUAGUCCCGACGUAUGGUCCUAGGGCUCAGGUCUCUCAGUUGGCUUUUCAUAGCCGAUCAUUAAGAGUUGAAAACAGCAGGUCUGGGACAGGUAGGGGUUUCGUAGCCGCAGGCAGAACAGUUGAAACUGGAAUAGCAGCAAGGCCAGGCGGACUGGGGACAGCAAGGUGUCAUCAUGCCCGGUAGUCCUGACGUAUGGUCCUAGGGCUCAGGUUCUCAGAGAGAAAGAGAGAACGAGAGAAUUAGAGAGAGCAUACUUAAAUUCACACAGGACACUGGAUAAGACAGGAGAAGUACUCCAGGUAUAACCAACUAACCCCAGCCCCCCGACACAUAAACUACUGCAGCAUAAAUACUGGAGGCUGAGACAGGAGCGGUCCGGAGACACUGUGGCCCCAUCCGAAGAAACCCCCGGACAGGGCCAAACAGGAAGGAUAUAACCCCACCCACUCCGCCAAAGCACAGCCCCCGCACCACUAGAGGGAUAUCCCCAACCACCAACUUACAAUCCUGAGACAAGGCCGAGUAUAGCCCACAGAGGUCUCCACCACAGCACAAACCAAGGGGGGGGCGCCAACCCAGACAGGAAGAUCACGUCAGUAACUCAACCCACUCAAGUGACGCACCCCUCCCAGGGACGGCAUGAAAGAGCACCAGCAAGCCAGUGACUCAGCCCCUGCAACAGGGUUAGAGGCAGAGAACCCCAGUGGAGAGGGGAACCGGCCUGGCAGAGACAGCAAGGGCUGUUCGUUGCUCCAGCCUUUCCGUUCACCUUCACACUCCUGGGCCAGACUACACUCAAUCAUAUGACCUACUGAAGAGAUAAGUCUUCAGUAAAGACUUAAAGGUUGAGACCGAGUCUGCGUCUCUCACAUGGGUAGGCAGACUGUUCCAUAAAAAUGGAGAUCUAUAGGAGAAAGCCCUGCCUCCCGCUGUUUGCUUAGAAAUUCUAGGGACAAUUAGGAGGCCUGCGUCUUGUGACCGUAGCGUACGUAUUGGUAUGUACGGCAGGACCAACUCGGAAAGAUAGGUAGGAGCAAGCCCAUGUAACGCUUUAUAGGUUAACAGUAAAACCUUGAAAUCAGCCCUUGCCUUAACAGGAAGCCAGUGUAGGGAAGCUAGCACUGGAGUAAUAUGAUCAAAUUUCUUGGUUCUAGUCAGGAUUCUAGCAGCCGUAUUUAGCACUAACUGAAGUUUAUUUAGUGCUUUAUCCGGGUAGCCGGAAAAUAGAGCAUUGCAGUAGUCUAACCUAGAAGUAACAAAUGCAUGGAUAAAUUUUUCUGCAUCAUUUUUGGACAGAAAAUUUCUGAUUUUUGCAAUGUUACGUAGAUGGAAAAAAGCUGUCCUUGAAACAGUCUUGAUAUGUUCGUCAAAAGAGAGAUCAGGGUCAAGAGUAACGCCUAGGUCCUUCACAGUUUUAUUUGAGACGACUUUACAACCAUCAAGAUUAAUUGUCAGAUUUAACAGAAGAUCUCUUUGUUUCUUGGGACCUAGAACAAGCAUCUCUGUUUUGUCCGAGUUUAAAAGUAAAAAGUUUUCAGCCAUCCACUUCCUUAUGUCUGAAACACAGGCUUCUAGCGAGGGCAAUUUUGGGGCUUCACCAUGCUUCAUUGAAAUGUACAGCUGUGUGUCAUCCGCAUAGCAGUGAAAGUUAACAUUAUGUUUUCGAAUAACAUCCCCAAGAGGUAAAAUAUAUAGUGAAAACAAUAGUGGUCCUAAAACGGAACCUUGAGGAACACCGAAAUGUACAGUUGAUUUGUCGGAGGACAGACCAUUCACAGAGACAAACUGAUAUCUUUCCGACAGGUAGGAUCUAAACCAGGCCAGAACUUGUCCGUGUAGACCAAUUUGGGUUUCCAGUCUCUCCAAAAGAAUGUGGUGAUCGAUGGUGUCAAAGGCAGCACUAAGGUCUAGUAGCACGAGGACAGAUGCAGAGCCUCGGUCUGACGCCAUUAAAAGGUCAUUUACCACCUUCACAAGUGCAGUCUCAGUGCUAUGAUGGGGUCUAAAACCAGACUGAAGCAUUUCGUAUACAUUGUUUGUCUUCAGAAAGUCAGUGAGUUGCUGCGCAACAGCUUUUUCUCUAAAAUUUUUGAGAGGAAUGGAAGAUUCGAUAUAGGCCGAUAGUUUUUUAUAUUUUCCGGGUCAAGGUUUGGCUUUUUCAAGAGAGGCUUUAUCACUGCCACUUUUAGUGAGUUUGGUACACAUCCGGUGGAUAGAGAGCUGUUUAUUAUGUUCAACAUAGGAGGGCCAAGCACAGGAAGCAGCUCCUUCAGCAGUUUAGUAGGAAUAGGAUCCAGUAUGCAGCUUGAAGGUUUAGAGGCCAUGAUUAUUUUCAUCAUUGUGUCAAGAGAUAUAGUACUAAAACACUUAAGUGUCUCUCCCGAUCCCAGGCCCUCGCAGAGCUGUGCAGAUCCAGGACAGCUAAGCCCUGGAGGAAUACGCAGAUUCAAAGAGGAGUCCGUAAUUUGCUUUCUAAUGGUCAUGAUCUUUUCCUCAAAGAAGUUCAUGAAUUUAUCACUGCUGAAGUGAAAGCCAUCCUCUCUUGGGGAAUGCUGCUUUUUAGUUAGCUUUGCAACAGUAUCAAAAAGAAAUUUUGGAUUGUUCUUAUUUUCCCUCGAUUAAGUUGGAAAAGUAGGAUGAUCGAGCAGCAGUGAGGGCUCUUCGGUACUGCACGGUACUGUCUUUCCAAGCUAGUCGGAAGACUUCCAGUUUGGUGUGGCGCCAUUUCCGUUCCAAUUUCCUGGAAGCUUGCUUCAAAGCUCGGGUAUUUUCUGUAUACCAGGGAGCUAGUUUCUUAUGACAAAUGUUUUUCGUUUUUAGGGGUGCAACUGCAUCUAGGGUAUUGCGCAAGGUUAAAUUGAGUUCCUCAGUUAAGUGGUUAACUGAUUUUUGUCCUCUGACGUCCUUGGGUAGGCAGAAGGAGUCUGGAAGGGCAUCAAUGAAUUUUUGUGUUGUCUGAGAAUUUAUAGCACGACUUUUGAUGCUCCUUGGUUGGGGUCUGAGCAGAUUAUUUGUUGCGAUUGCAAACGUAAUAAAAUGGUGGUCCGAUAGUCCAGGAUUUUGUGGAAAAACAUUAAGAUCUACAACAUUUAUUCCAUGGGACAAAACUAGGUCCAGAGUAUGACUGUGGCAGUGAGUAGGUCCAGAGACAUGUUGGACAAAACCCACUGAGUCGAUAAUGGCUCCGAAAGACUUUUGGAGUGGGUCUGUGGACUUCUCCAUGUGAAUAUUAAAAUCACCAAAAAUUAGAAUAUGAUCUGCUAUGACUACAAGGUCUGAUAGGAAUUCAGGAAACUCAGAGAGGAACGCUGUAUAUGGCCCAGGAGGCCUGUAAACAGUAGCUAUAAAAAGUGAUUGAGUAGGCUGCAUAGAUUUCAUGACUAGAAGCUCAAAAGAUGAAAACGCCAUUUAUUUUUUGUAAAUUGAAAUUUGCUAUCGUAAAUGUUAGCAACACCUCCGCCUUUGCGGGAUGCACGGGGAAUAUGGUCACUAGUGUAACCAGGAGGUGAGGCCUCAUUUAACACAGCAAAUUCAUCAGGCUUAAGCCAUGUUUCAGUCAGGCCAAUCACAUCAAGAUUAUGAUCAGUGAUUAGUUCAUUGACUAUGACUGCCUUUGAAGUGAGGGAUCUAACAUUAAGUAACCCUAUUUUGAGAUGUGAGGUAUCACGAUCUCUUUCAAUAAUGGCAGGAAUGGAGGAGGUCUUUAUCCUAAUAAGAUUGCUAGGGUGAACACCGCCAUGUUUAGUUUUGCCCAACCUAGAUCGAGGCACAGACACAGUCUCAAUGGGUAUGGCUGAGCUGACUACACUGACUGUGCUAUUGGCAGACUCCACUAAGCUGGCAGGUUGGCUAACAGCCUGCUGCCUGGCCUGCACCCUAUUUCACUGUGGGGCUAGAGGAGUUAGAGCCCUAUCUAUGUUGGUAGAUAAGAGGAGAGCACCCCUCCAGCUAGGAUGGAGUCCGUCACUCCUCAGCAGGUCAGGCUUGGUCCUGUUUGUGGGUGAGUCCCAGAAAGAGGGCCAAUUAUCCACAAAUGUUAUCUUUUGGGAGGGGCAGAAAACAGUUUUCAACCAGCGAUUAAGUGCUGAGACUCUGCUGUAGAGCUCGUCACUUCCCCUAACUGGGAGGGGGCCAGAGACAAUUACUCGAUGCCGACACAUCUUUCUAGCUGAUUUACACGCUGAAGCUAUGUUGCACUUGGUGACCUCUGACUGUUUCAUCCUAACAUCGUUGGUGCCGACGUGGAUAACAAUAUCUCUAUACUCUCUACACUCGCCAGUUUUAGCUUUAGCCAGCACCAUCUUUAGAUUAGCCUUAACGUCGGUAGCCCUGCCCCCUGGUAAACAGUGUAUGAUCGCUGGGUGAUUCGUUUUAAGUCUAAUACUGCGGGUAAUGGAGUCGCCAAUGACUAGGGUUUUCAAUUUGUCAGAGCUAAUGGUGGGAGCCUUCGGAGUCUCAGACCCCGUAACGGGAGGAGUAGAGACUAGAGAAGACUCAGACUCAGACUCCGACUCGCUACAUAAUGGGGAAAACCGGUUGAAGGUUUCUGUCGGCUGAAUGAGCGACACCGGUUGAGCAUUCCAACAGUAUUUCCCUCCAGAAGCCAUGAGAAAGUUGUCCGGCUGCGGGGACUGUGCGGGGGGAUUUAUACUAACGUUACUGUCUGUACUUACUGGUGGCACAGACGCUGUUUUCUUCCUUUCCUACACUGAUAUUACCCUUGCCUAACGAUUGCGUCUGAAGCUGGGCUUGUAGCACAGCUAUUCUCGCCGUAAGGCGAGAAUUCUCCUGUAUAUUAUGAGUACAGCGACUGCAAUUAGAAGACAUCAUGUUAAUGUUACUACUUAGCUUCGGCUGUUGAAGAUGUUGAUGAACCAUGUCCAGAUAAAGCGUCCGGAGUGAAAAAGUUGAAUAAGGGAAAAAAGUUGCGAUGGAAAAAAGGAAAAUAACGUAAAGUUGGCAGCUAAAACGCACAGGAAAAUGACUCUUCUGUCUCGGGAUAAACGUCCGGGGUGAAAAAGUUUAACGAAAAAAGAUGAGUGAGGACAAAACUAAAAAGUUGGUAAAUUUGUUGAACACAGAGAUUGAUUAAACGUUUAUUAAAAGUAAAACGUGAAUAGUUUGGCAGGUAGCCAAGUAGCAACAAACAGCACAGCAGUACGGAGACAAUGCGGAAGCGAGACGGAAGUCAAUCGUUUACACCCCAUAAAUGUUGCAGUUAUAAUGUUGCAGUUCCAAUGUAGUGUAAUGCAGGUCGGAGAGGCUGUAAUACAGAAGCACAGCCAGCUGAUUACAUUACCUCCAUUCCAUUCCCCCUUUGGCUGUAAUACAGAAGCACAGCCAGCUGAUUACAUUACCUCCAUUCCAUUCCCCCUUUGGCUGUAAUACAGAAGCACAGCCAGCUGAUUACAUUACCUCCAUUUCCAUUCCCCCCCUUUGGCUGUAAUACCGAACACAGCCAGCUGAUUACAUACCUCCAUUCCCUUCCCCCUUUGGCUGUAAUACAGAAGCACAGCCAGCUGAUUACAUUACCUCCAUUCCAUUCCCCCUUUGGCUGUAAUACAGAAGCACAGCCAGCUGAUUACAUUACCUCCAUUCCAUUCCCCCUUUGGCUGUAAUACAGAAGCACAGCCAGCUGAUUACAUUACCUCCAUUCCAUUCCCCCUUUGGCUGUAAUACAGAAGCACAGCCAGCUGAUUACAUUACCUCCAUUCCAUUCCCCCUUUGGCUGUAAUACAGAAGCACAGCCAGCUGAUUACAUUACCUCCAUUCCAUUCCUUCCCCCUUUGGGCUGUAAUACGAAGCACAGCAGCUGAUUACAUUACCUCCAUUCCAUCCCCCUUUGGCUGUAUACCGAAUCCAGCCAGCUGAUUACAUUACCUCCAUUCCAUUCCCCCUUUGGCUGUAAUACAGAAGCACAGCCAGCUAAUUACAUUACCUCCAUUCCAUUCCCCCUUUGAAGGUGGAUCUGGGAAACACAGGGACAGUAGGAGCUGCAGAUGCUGCUCAGUUCCUGAAGAAAUCAGGACUCUCAGACAGUACCUUAGGAAAGGUGAGUAGGAGACACACACCACACACACACACACACACACCACACACUCAGUAAACUGCAGACUUCUAGGCUCCAACUACAUACAGUACAGUUACACCAUAUUUAAAAAAAUAUAUAUAUAUAUAUUUUCAGAUCUGGGAUUUGGCCGAUCCAGAAAGGAAGGGCUUCUUGGACAAACGGGUAAAUAAAAAUGAACUUAUAUUACUUCUUACUACCAAUUAAUUAAUGAUUUCCCACAUGAAACACUGACCAGUUUCUCUGUUCCUCACAGGGUUUCUUUGUAGCGUUGAGGUUGGUGGCCUCAGCUCAGGGUGGCAACGACAUCAGUCUCAACAACCUCAACCAGACUCUAGCAGCACCAAAGUUUGUGAGUGAUACUCUACUUACUUGCCACCAACUAUAUCGUCCUCGUAGGGAACAUGUGUUUGCAGUAAUCAUAUGUAUAAUUAUGUUUUAAAACGCGUGUAGAUACUUGCACUUUAUCUUCUCAAUCAUUUCAGCAAUGACCAGAGGGGUAAACUACAAAGCAGGAUGAAUGAGUUAGCCAGCUAACCUGCCUAAAUAUUCUGAAAUAACUUUGUUUUAGAAGGUUAAGCUUGAAAUAGGAAUGGUCUAAUUGACGCAAACGACCAAAAAAAAUAGAUGUCUAAGUUUAGCUUUCUUCAUGUAUCAGAAAAUCAACAGUUAUUUCUGGUUGUUUAUUAAAGUUAGCUGGCGUUGAUACCCCUCUGUUUAGCUAAUCUUCAUUGGGGGUAAUCUCAGUCAUCAUAUAGGUUAAUUUAUUGUGGUCUUUAUUGAUACAAUCUAAGUUGAAUUUGUAUUGUUGCAGAGAGACACAAAUACUCCGUCGCUCAGCACAUCGCUAAGUACAUCUUCAUCUGAUUCCCACUGGGCUGUUAGGGUGAGCAUUCAUAUCUGUUGUACAUAGAAAUGAAUCAAUCAAUGAUAGAUAGAUAUACAGUGCCUUCAGAAGGUAUUCAUAUCCUAUAACUUAUUCCACAUUUUGUUGUGUUACAGCCUGAAUUCAAAAUUACACACUGUACCCCAUAAUGACAGUGAAAACAUGUUUUUAGAAAUUGUAGCAAUUUUUUUGAAAAUGAAAUACAAAAAUAUUAAUUUACAUAAGUAUUCACACCCCUGAGUCAAUACGUCUUAGAAUCAAUCACCUUUGGCAGUGAUUACAGCAUUGAGUCAUUCUGGGUAAGUCUCUGAGAGCUUUCCACACCUGGAUUGUAAACAUUUUCUUCAAGCUCUGUCAAAUUGGUUGUUGAUCAUUGCUAGAUAACCAUGUUCAAGUCUUGCCAUAGAUUUUCAAGCAGAUUUAAGUCCAAACUGUAAGUCGUCCACUGUCUUCUUGGUAUUCAAAACUGAACAUUCACUGUCUUUUAGGUAAGCAACUCCAGUGUAGAUUUGGCCUUGUGUUUUAGAUUGUUGUCCUGCUGAAAGGUGAAUUCAACUCCCAGUGUCUGGUGGAAAGGAGACUGAACCAGGUUUUACGGUCAUGAAAAUCCUGGAAAAGUCAUGGAAUUUUUUUAUUGUGUUUGCCAUGCCUGGAAAAUUAUAAAAUCAAAAAUGUUUUGGAAAAGUAAUGGAAAUGAAUUUCAGAAUUUUUGUUAAUGUAAUUUAUUUAGGCACAGUUUAUUUUAUUUUAUAAAUAAAAUAAAAAUCAACAUAUCAGCCAGGAUCGUAAUGUCACUUUGCACGCAUCACAUGCAUGUAUGUGAGACGAGUGGGCCGUUUCCCAAGGAGAGACAGACAGUAGGCCAUUACAGCAGCAGGUAGGCCUAUCCUAUAAACUAUGAUAGAGCAGACUGACUAGGUAGCCAAUUCAAAACAUAUCUUCUACCCUCUAGUUAACGGUUUAGCUGUUAUUAGCAUGUAGUCAUGUUUUCGUCAUGUCCCAAAACACUUUCCACCGACACUUGCGAACAAGGUCAUACUUUUUUGAACUAUUCAUGAUUCAUUUAAAUGAUUAUUUUUUGACUAAACUAACGAUUCACUUCACCAUUGUAUUAGCUGGGAUUUGGUUCAAUCGCGGUAAAUCUAAAUAAUUUGUGACUCACAAACAGUAAUUUUAUGAAAAAAGAUUAGAUGCCGCCUUUCUUUUGUAUUAUGUAGCUUGAACUUGUUUUGUAGAUUUUGCCAGUUGAUUUGGGCAUCCAAUGUAUGCGACAUUGCAACUCAAUAAGGUAGCCAAGAUUUUUUUUUAUUUUUACAUUUUAGUCAUUUAGCAGACGCUCUUAUGAGUGCACACAUUAUUUAAAAAAAAAUCAUACUGGCCCCCCGUGGGAAUCGAACCCACAACCCUGGUCGUUGCAAACGUCAUACUCUACCAACUGAGCUACAUCCCUGCCGGCCAUUCCCUCCCCUACCCUGGACCAAUUGUGCGCAGCCCCAUGGGUCUCCCGGUCGCGGCCGGCUACGACAGAGCCUGGAUUCGAACCAGGAUCUCUAGUGGCACAGCUAGCACUGCGAUGCAGUGCCUUAGACCACAGUGCCUUAGAGCACUGCGCCACUCUGUAAAUGACUAAACUUGAAAAAAGAAAAUUUCCUGAAGUAAAUUUGUGGGCUUUGCUUCAGCUAAAUAAAAUGAUUUGUAGCCUACCAUAGCCAUUUGAUCUUUGAUAUAUUGAAUGAGCGAAUUAUUUAAUAAUAAUAAUAAUAAUAUGCCAUUUAGCAGACGCUUUUAUCCAAAGCGACUUAGUCAUGCGUGCAUACAUUUUUUUUGUGAAUGGGUGGUCCAGGGGAUCGAACCCACUACCUUGGCGUUACAAGCGCCGUGCUCUACCAGCUGAGCUACAGAGGACCACCAUUUAAAAAGGCUUAAAACAUAUUUGGUUUUAAUGUUGAAAUAUUUUACUUCAAGGGUGGUCAAACAUCCUCCAGGAGAGCUAAUUGGUGUGCAGGCUUUUAUUCCAGUCCCCCUCUAACAAACCACAUUUUAGACAUUUGCUGCUCAAACAGACCUUGAUAAACUUGCUCUGAUGUGUUUUAGCAGGGCUUGAUCAAAAGCCUGCACACCCAGUAGCUCUCCAGACUGAGUGUUGACCACAUGUUUUAUACAGUUGCCUAACAGGGAAAGGGUAUACCUAGUCAGUUGUACAACUGAAUGCAUUCAACCAGCUCGGUAACUGUUUUAAAGUCACCAUUGGCCUCAUGGUGAAAUCCGUGAGCGGUUUCCUUCCUCUCCGGCAACUGAGUUAGGAAGGACGCUUGUAUCGUUGCAGUGACUGGGUGUAUUGAUACACCAUCCAAAGUGUAAUUAAUAACUUCACCAUGCUCAAAGGGAUAUUAAUGUCUGCUUCUUUUUUUUUACCCUUUACGACGCUUUGAAAAACCUCCCUGCUCUUUGUGGUUGAAUCUGUGUUUGAAAUUCACUGCUCGACUGAGGGAUCUUACAGAUAAUUGUAUGUGUGGGGUAGAGAGAUGAGGUAGUCAUUCAAAAAUGUAAUGUCAAACACUAUUUCACACAGAGUGAGUCCAUGCAACUUAUUAUGUGACUUGUUAAGCACAUUUUUACUCCUGAACUUAUUUAGGCUUGCCAUAACAAAGGGGUUGAAUACGUAUUGACUCAAGACCUUUCAGCUUUUCAUUUUUAAAUUAAUUUGUAAACAUUUCUAAAAACAUAAUUCCACUUUGACGUUAUGGGGUAUUAUGUGUAGGCCAGUAACAAAAAAAAUCUCAAUUUAAUCAAUUUUUAAUUCAGGCUGUAACACAACAAAAUGUGGUAAAAGUCAAGGGGUAUGAAUACUUUCUGUAGGCACUGUAUGUAGAAUCACAUACAUUUUGUUAACAAUUUACCUAUACAUGUUUGACAAUGUAUUAUUUUCAUGGUGGAAAGUGCAGUGAGCUUAAAUCCACAAAGUGAUGACCAGAAUUAUGUUGAUUAUAAACAGGUAUAAAUCAACACUGUGCCAUGGCUGAUGGGUCAUCUGACCUUCUCCUCCAAUGGGUUUUGAGAAGGAGGCGAGGAGUAAGCAACAUAAGGUUCUCCCCAUGUAACGUCUUUCCCCUGUCCCUCUCUCCCUGCCUUGCCUUGCCAUCCCCUCCAGUCUGAUGAGAAAGGGAAGUUUGACGGCAUCUUUGAAAGUCUUCAACCAGUCAAUGGUCUUCUGUCUGGAGACCAAGUCAAACCUGUCCUGAUCAACUCCAAACUACCCCUGGAUGUGUUAGGAAGGGUAAGCACAUGACUAGGUCCUGUCCACGAACAACCCCUACCCCCUAGGCACUUCAUUGGAUAGGUAUGUGGUAGCAGUGGGAAAGAUGGAGCUACUACUAUGUAUUCCUGUAUACUAAACAGUUCGCUAUAACAGAUAUUGUGACCGUUUGGUCAUAUUUCGUUAUAUUCUGUUACGUAGAUUUGGGACCUCGGUGACGUGGACAAAGAUGGACACUUGGACAGAGAGGAGUUUUCAGUGGUAAGUUCAGUUGACAACUUUUGUUUUGUUGCAUCUUGAGCUCAUCCAGUUAAGACACAUUCCUGAAUGAGGCCAAUUAGCCUGGUUACACCUUGCAUUAACAUGUGGUUUUCGUCACCCAUUCAUGACAAUCCAAUCACUAGGACACGUCAUUGCAAGGUAUAAAUGCGGCUAGUGUACUGAACUGGUUUAUCCAACCCCCUCCAGACCAUGCACCUGGUGUACAGGGCCAUGGAGAAGGAGCCUGUCCCCUCCGUCCUGCCCUCCUCCCUCAUCCCUCCAUCCAAGAGGAAGAAGUCUGGGGGCGCUCUGCCUGGCGCCGUCUCCGUCCUGCCUCCCAUGUCUGCCCUCUCAGGCCUGUCUGGUCUGUCUCGGACAGCCAGCUCUCCUCCCCUGCCCGGUGCUGUAGCGGUUCUGCCUGCCCUGUCUGCUCUGUCUCGGACAGCCAGCUCUCCUCCUCUCAAAGAGACCCUACACUCCACACCGUCCCACGGAAGCAUCACCUCCAUCAACAGCACUGGCAGUCUCUCCCCUAAACACUCGUUCAAAGCCCCCUCACAGGUAUGGUAUAGAGCCUCUUCAAUCCACACCCUGCCUGUUGAAUGGGUAGGAAUGCUGUUACAGUGUCACAUCUGUGUCUCAAAUGAAACACUAAUCCCUAUAUAGUGCACUGUUUUUGACGAGAACCCUAUGUGAUUGUGAGAUUUUAAGAUUUAUGCCUUUAAUGUUAUUGCAGACUGUCCUGUCUCCCUCCUUGUAUUUGACUAGCACAUUGAGAAGGCAUUAGGGUUUGUCCUCAGACUGUCAGGGGGUAGGUAGCGCAGCUCAGAAAGGGGAAUAGACAGCUGUGCUUUUCUUAGUGAAGCCAGGCCAUCGUUCAGUUUUCAUCCUGUCCCUGAGAAAGUCUGUUAAGGGCACAGCUGCUAUUUACCAACCUGCAUUUCCUCUACCCCCUAACACCCACUGGGAUGGUUCAGCUGUAUUAAAAGUAGACUUGUUUGGCCACAUUCCCUGAAUUGUUUUAUAUCCCUGAGUGGUUCCUUUCUUAGUCAUAUGUUUGUUGUAAGGAGUUUAUCUGAUGAUUUAAGAGCAACAGGUUUAAUUGAAAGGGAAAGGACGCCACACCCACAAUGUGUGAUUGUAAUCUCAGACACAAAAACAUGACGCUUUUAAGAUGGCAAGCGAAUAACCAUAGUACAUACAGUGAGGGAAAAAAGUAUUUGAUCCCCUGCUGAUUUUGUACGUUUGCCCACUGACAAAGAAAUAAUCAGUCUAUAAUUUUAAUGGUAGGUUUAUUUGAACAGUGAGAGACAGAAUAACAACAACAAAAAUCCAGAAAAACGCAUGUAAAAAAUGUUAUAAAUUGAUUUGCGUUUUAAUGAGGGAAAUAAGUAUUUGACCCCCUCUCAAUCAGAAAGAUUUCUGGCUCCCAGGUGUCUUUUAUACAGGUAACGAGCUGAGAUUAGGAGCACACUCUUAAAGGGAGUGCUCCUAAUCUCAGUUUGUUACCUGUAUAAAAUACACCUGUCCACAGAAGCAAUCAAUCAAUCAGAUUCCAAACUCUCCACCAUGGCCAAGACCAAAGAACUCUCCAAGGAUGUCAGAGACAAGAUUGUAGACCUACACAAGGCUGGAAUGGACUACAAGACCAUCCCCAAGCAGCUUGGUGAGAAGGUGACAACAGUUGGUGCGAUUAUUCGCAAAUGGAAGAAACACAAAAUAACUGUCAAUCUCCCUCGGCCUGGGGCUCCAUGCAAGAUCUCACCUCGUGGAGUUGCAAUGAUCAUGAGAACGGUGAGGAAUCAGCCCAGAACUACGCGGGAGGAUCUUGUCAAUGAUCUCAAGGCAGCUGGGACCAUAGUCACCAAGAAAACAAUUGUUAACACACUACGCUGUGAAGGACUGAAAUCCUGCAGCGCCCGCAAGGUCCCCCUGCUCAAGAAAGCACAUAUACAGGCCCGUCUGAAGUUUGCCAAUGAACAUCUGAAUGAUUCAGAGGAGAACUGGGUGAAAGUGUUGUGGUCAGAUGAGACCAAAAUGGAGCUCUUUGGCAUCAACUCAACUCACCGUGUUUGGAGGAGGAGGAAUGCUGCCUAUGACCCCAAGAACACCAUCCCCACCGUCAAACAUGGAAGUGGAAACAUGCUUUCGGGGUGUUUUUCUGCUAAGGGGACAGGACAACUUCACCGCAUCAAAGGGACGAUGGACGGGGCCAUGUACCGUCAAAUCUUGGGUGAGAACCUCCUUCCCUCAGCCAGGGCAUUGAAAAUGGGUCGUGGAUGGGUAUUCCAGCAUGACAAUGACCCAAAACACACGGCCAAGGCAACAAAGGAGUGGCUCAAGAAGAAGCACAUUAAGGUCCUGGAGUGGCCUAGCCAGUCUCCAGACCUUAAUCCCAUAGAAAAUCUGUGGAGGGAGCUGAAGGUUCGAGUUGCCAAACGUCAGCCUCGAAACCUUAAUGACUUGGAGAAGAUCUGCAAAGAGGAGUGGGACAAAAUCCCUCCUGAGAUGUGUGCAAACCUUUUGGCCAACUACAAGAAACGUCUGACCUCUGUGAUUGCCAACAAGGGUUUUGCCACCAAGUACUAAGUCAUGUUUUGCAAAGGGGUCAAAUACUUAUUUCCCUAAUUUAAAAUGCUAAUAAAUUUAUAACAUUUUUGACAUGCGUUUUUCUGGAUUUUUUUGUUGUUAUUCUGUCUCUCACUGUUCAAAUAUACCUACCAUUAAAAUUAUAGACUGAUCAUGUCUUUGUCAGUGGGCAAACGUACAAAAUCAGCAGGGGAUCAAAUACUUUUUUCCCUCACUGUAGUGUCCUGGCUUAAAGCUACACUCCUUCAUUUGUGCAAAUAUGCAUACCAUCAAAGAGUGCUUAAUGCUCAUUGAUUGACAUGAAUGCAUGAUUUCUGAAAUUGCAAGAUAUGCACACAUAGUUAGGAUUAGGAUUCGGUCCAGGAGAUUGUAUUUCCUAUUCAUCAGCUGGUUCUCCGGUCCUCUCUCCAGUCUUCUCUCCUGUGUGCUAGCCACAAGCACUAGUAAACUGGGUUGAUCGUCCUGUUCUCUCUCCUGUGUGCUAGCCACAAGCACUAGUAAACUGGGUUGAUCGUCCUGUUCUCUCUCCUGUGUGCUAGCCACAAGCACUAGUAAACUGGGUUGAUCGUCCUGUUCUCUCUCCUGUGUGCUAGCCACAAGCACUAGUAAACUGGGUUGAUCGUCCUGUUCUCUCUCCUGUGUGCUAGCCACCAGCAGUAGUGAACUGGGUGGUCCCGGUGGCAGACAGAGGACGUUACGAUGACAUCUUCCUGAAGACGGACACAGACAUGGACGGUCUUGUCACCGGAGGGGAAGUCAUGGAGAUCUUCAUGCUAUCCAACCUUUCUAAGACCAUGCUAGCACAGAUCUGGUGAGAGACGGAAUGGCCUGCACCUUAGUUACUUAUUGUUAAUCUAACACCUUACACACACACACUGGGUGGACAAAACAUUAAGAACACCUGCUCUUUCCAUGACAGACUGACCAGGUCAAGCUAUAUUCCCUUAUUGAUGUCAAUUGUUAAAUCCACUUCAAUCAGUGUAGAUGAAGGGGAGGAGACUGGUUAAAGAAGGAUUUUUAUGCCUUGAGACAAUUGAGAUGUGGAUUGUGUAUGUGUGCCAUUCAGAGGGUGAAAGGGCAAGACAAAAUAUUUAAGGUCCUUUGAACGGUGUAUGGUUAUAGGUGCCAGGCGAACUGGUUUGAGUGUUUCAAGAACUGCAACGCUGCUGGAUAUUUCACGCUCAACAGUUUCCCGUGCGUAUCAAGAAUGGUCCACCACCCAAGGGACAUCCAGCCAACUUGACACAACUGUGGGAAGCAUUGGCGUCAACAUGGGCCAGCAUCCCUGUGGAACGCUUUCGAGACCUUGUAGAGUCCAUGGCCCAACGAAUUGAGGCUGUUCUGAGGGCAAAAGGGGGUGGUGCAACUCAAUAUUAGGAAGGUGUUCCUAAUGUUUUGUACACUCAGUGUAUAAAAUGAUUUGGCAAAGCGAGAAAAAGUGUUAUCAUUGGCCAAUCAUACAGUGACACAUUGGGCAUUGCCUUGUUGGACCAGUACAGUACAUCUACAUUAACAAAAUGUUACUUGCAAUGAUUGUGAUAUGUAGGUUUCUUUCCUACUGAAGGUGAAUGCAUUAUUGUAAAUCACUCUGGAUUAGAAUACACAGUACCUGUUAACUUGACUACAAUGUCAUGUAAAAUAAUAAUAAUAAUAAUAAUAUGCCAUUUAGCAGACGUUUUUAUCCAAAGCGACUUACAGUCAUGCGUGCAUACAUUUUUAUUUUUGUGUGUAUGGGUGUAAUUAGAGUUCCAAAUUCUCCUAACUUUCUCCAAGUUCCCUGGUUUUUCAGAAAUUCAGGUUGGGACAUUCCUCGAAUCAAGAGGGAAUAAGCACAAAACCUGCAAUCCUGCAACCAGAAUUUCGGGAAAAGCAGUGAAAUUUAAAUAAGUGACAGUAAUUUUGCAACCCUAAAUGUAAUGUGUCUUGUUCCUAGGGGCCUGGCUGACACCAAGCAGAUAGGACAGCUGUCUAGAGAGCAGUUUUCUUUGGCCAUGUGGCUGAUCCAGCAGAAAGUCACCAAGGGACUGGACCCUCCCCAGACCCUCACAACCGAAAUGAUACCACCGUCUGAGAGGACCACCACCCCUGUGCCUGUAAGUCAAUCCCUCAACCCUCUCCCCUCCUCAGACCCUCUCCCCCGAAGUGAUACCACCCUCUGAGAGGGUUGAGGGAUACCCCUCUCUCCAACCCCUCUACCCCUCUCUCCAACCCUCUACCCCUCUCUCCAACCCUCUACCCCUCUCUCCAACCUCCAACCCUCUACCCCUCUCUCCACCGCUACCCACCCUCUCCCACCCUCUAACCAUACCCCUCUCUCCUACCCCUCUCUCCAACCCCUACCCCUCUCUCCACCCUCUACCCCUCUCUCCAACCCUCUUAACCCCUCUCGGUCUACCCCGUCUCGCCAACCCCGUCUUACCCCCCUCUCUCCAGACCCUCUACCCCUCUCUCCUACCCCUCGCUUCCAACCCCUCUACCCCCUCUCUCCAACCCUCUACCCUACCCCUCUCUCCAACCCUCUACCCCCCCUCUCUCCAACCCUCUACCCCUCUCUCCAACCCUCUACCCCUCUCUCCUACCCCUCUCUCCAACCCCUCUACCCCUCUCUCCAACCCUCUACCCCUCUCUCCAACCCCCUCUAUAAACCCCUCUCUCCAACCCUCUAACCCCCCCUCUCUCCAACCCCUCUACCCCCCUCUCCAACCCUCCUACCCCCCUCUCUCCAACCCUCUACCCCUCUCUCCUACCCCCCUCUCCAACCCUUUUUUUUUUUUAUUACCUUAUUUAACCCAGGUAAGCCAGUUAGAACAGUUCUCAUUUACAACUGCGACCUGGCCAAGAUAAAGCACAAGCAGUGCGAUAAAAACACACCACAGAGUUUACAUAUGGGGUAAAAAAAAAUAACGUAAAAACAAGAAAUAUAUAUACAGUGUGUGCAAAUUAGCAAGUUUGGAGGUAGGCAAUAAAUAGGCUAUAGUGCAAAAUAAUUACAAUAGUAUUAACACUGGAAUGAUAGAUGUGCAAGAGAUUAUGUGCAAAUAGAGAUACUGGGGUGCAAAAUAAAUAACAAUAUAGGGAUGAGGUAGUUGGGUGGGCUAAUUUCAGAUGGGCUGUGUACAGGUGCAGUGAUCGGUAAGGUGCUCUGACAACUGAUGCUUAAAGUUAUUGAGGGAGAUAAGAGUCUCCAGCUUCAGAGAUUUUUGCAAUUCGUUCCAGUCAUUGGCAGCAGAGAACUGGAAGGAAUGGCGGCCAAAGGAGGUGUUGGCUUUGGGAAUGACCAGUGAUAUAUACCUGCUGGAGCGCAGACUACGGGUGGGUGCUGCUAUGGUGACCAAUGAGCUAAGAUAAGGCGGGGAUUUGCCUAGCAGUGAUUUAUAGAUGGCCUGGAGCCAGUGGGUUUGACGACGAACAUGUAGUGAGGACCAGCCAACAAGAGCGUACAGGUCACAGUGGUGGGUAGUGUAUGGGGCUUUGGAGACAAAACGGAUGGCACUGUGAUAGACUACAUCCAAUUUGCUGAGUAGAGUGUUGGAGGCUAUUUUGUAAAUGACAUCGCCGAAGUCAAGGAUCGGUAGGAUAGUCAGUUUUACGAGGGCAUGUUUGGCAGCAUGAGUGAAGGAGGCUUUGUUGCGAAAUAGGAAGCCGAUUCUAGAUUUAACUUUGGAUUGGAGAUUCUUUAUGUGAGUCUGGAAGUUGAGUUUACAGUCUAACCAGACACCUAGGUAUUUGUAGUUGUCCACAUACUCUAGGUCAGACCCGUCGAGAGUGGUGAUUCUAGUCGGGUGGGCGGGUGCCAGCAGCGUUCGAUUGAAAAGCAUGCAUUUAGUUUUACUAGUGUUUAAGAGCAGUUGGAGGCUACUGAAGGAGUGUUGUAUGGCAUUGAAGCUCGUUUGGAGGUUUGUUAACACAGUGUCCAAUGAAGGGCCAGAUGUAUACAAAAUGGUGUCGUCUGCGUAGAGGUGGAUCUGAGAGUCACCAGCAGCAAGAGCGACAUCAUUGAUAUACACGGAGAAAAGUGUCGGCCCAAUAAUUGAACCCUGUGGCACCCCCAUAGAUCUCUCCAACCCCUCUACCCCUCUCUCCAACCCUCUACCUCUCUCCAACCCUCUACCCCUCUCUCCAACCCUCUACCCUCCACCCCUUACCCCUCUCUCCAACCCCUCUCCCCCCUACCCUCUCUCCAACCCCUCUAACCCCUCUCUCCAACCCUCUACACCCCUCUCUCCAACCCCUCUACCCCUCUCUCUACCCCUCUCUACCCCCUCUACUACCCCUCUCCACCUCCUACCCUCUCCCAACCCUCUACCCCUCUCUCCAACCCUCUAACCCCUCUCUCCAACCCUCUACCCCUCUCUCCAACCCUCUACCCCUCUCUCCAACCCCUCUACCCCUCUCUCCACCCUCUACCACCCUCUCUCCAACCCUCUAACCCCUCUCUCCAACCCUCUACCCCUCUCUCCAACCCCUACCCCUCUCUCCACCCUCUAACCCCUCUCUCCAACCCUCACCCCUUCUCCAAACCCUCUAACCCUCUACCCUCUCUCCAACCCGCUAACCAGCUCUCUCCAACCCUCGACCCCGCGCUCAACACCUUACCCCUCUCUCACGUCUACCCUAUCUCCACCGUCUACCCUCUCUCAAACCCCUGACCCCGUCUCCAACCUGUACCCAUCUCUCCACCCUCUACCCCUCUCUCCAAGCCCUCUCGUCAACCCUCUACCUCUCUCUCCAACCCUCUAGACCUAGACUCUCUCCAACCCUCUACCCUCUCUCCAACCCUCCUGACCCCCUCUCUCCAACCCUCUACCCCUCUCUUCCAACCCCUCUACCCCUCUCUCCAACCCUUACCCCUAUUCAACACCUACCCCUCUCUCCACACCGUCUACCCCUCUCUCCAACCGUCUACCCUCUCUCCAACCCCUUACCCCUCUCUCCAACCCCUCUACCCUCUCUCCAAGCCCUCUCUCCAACCCUCUACCUCUCUCUCCAACCCUCUACCCCUCUCUCCUAACCCUCUCUCCAACCCCUUACCCCUCUCUCCAACUAUCUGUCAUGUUCAUAGACCUGCUGCCUUCUCCAACUAUCUGUCAUGUUCAUAGACCUGCUGCCUUCUCCAACUAUCUGUCAUGUUCAUAGACCUGCUGCCUUCUCCAACUAUCUGUCAUGUCCAUAGACCUGCUGCCUUCUCCAACUAUCUGUCAUGUUCAUAGACCUGCUGCCUUCUCCAACUAUCUGUCAUGUCCAUAGACCUGCUGCCUUCUCCAACUAUCUGUCAUGUUCAUAGACCUGCUGCCUUCUCCAACUGUCUGUCAUGUUCAUAGACCUGCUGCCUUCUCCAACUAUCUGUCAUGUUCAUAGACCUGCUACCUUCUCCAACUAUCUGUCAUGUUCAUAGACCUGCUGCCUUCUCCAACUAUCUGUCAUGUCCAUAGACCUGCUGCCUUCUCCAACUGUCUGUCAUGUCCAUAGACCUGCUGAUGGCUGGUGGUGCCCUUCUGCAUGUGUCACUGUCUGGUGUGGUGUUGUGUCACUGUCCUUUGUUUCACAGUGUAAAGCACAAUAUUUGUACAGAUGUAUUUCCUGUUGUGUCAUGAGCUAUUGUUUCUGUAUUACCAAUGCCAAGGAAGGGAUGAACGUUUUCUAAUAUUUCCAGCCUCACCUCAGAAUGUUACUGUUUUCAAGGCGAAUGCUGCCUCCUUGUGGUGGUCUAGAGUGAUAACACCACUGUGUCUGCACCUCAUAAUGACCGCUGAUUCAGUUCACUGUGGAAUCUCUCUCUCUCUCUCUCUCUCUCUCUCUCUCUCUCUCUCUCUUCUCUCUCUCUCUCUCUCUCUCUCUCUCUCUCUCUCUCUCUCUCUCUCUCUCUCUCUCUCUCUCUCUCAAAUCUCUCUUUCAAUCGUCUCUCUGGUUACUGACGUCUUCGUCAUCGUGCAUCCUAGAAUCAUCGUCUCUGUCUCUAUUCUCAUGGUCUCUUCCUGCCCUGGUCUGCUCCUUCUCUCUCGGUCACGGGUCUCUCUCAUCUCUCUCGUUGCUCUUGCUCAUGUCUCCUCAUGCUUGGGUCUUCUCAUGUCUCUCUCUCUUGUCUCCAUUCUCGUUCCUCUCUCAGUUCUUGUGCUCUCGUCUCGGGAUAGUGCUUCUUGUCUUGGUCAUUUUGCGGGUGUUGCCGCUCAGUUUCCACCUCAUCGGGGAGGCAGUUGUGGCACAUCAAUCCUUCUUUCUCGAGUUUCCAUCUCCUAUGGCAGCUUUCAAUUAUAGGCGCUUAUGAGUCUGUACAUUCGUAUUGCUUUCAUGGGGAACAGUUUAACGAUGGUAAGGUUUUCAUCGUUUACAAGCAUUUGUUCUAUUGUGUCUACUGUUUUUUGGGGCUUUUCAUGGCAACGGGCCACAAAUCUUGCUGCUGUGAUUGCCCAUUGCGGUAUGUAGCCUAACAGAUAUGGGAAUUUAUCAAUGUUUGAUUUGUUCUCAAAUUCUUUGUGGGUCUGUGUGAUCUGUGGGAAAUAUGUGUAUCUAAUGUGGUCAUACAUUUGGCAGGAGGUUAUGAAGUGCAGCUCAGUUUCCACCUCAUUUUGUGGGCAGUGGGCACAUAUCCUGUCUUCUCUCGAGUUCCAGGUCUGCCUAUGGCAGCCUCUCUCAAUAUCAAGGCUAUGCUCACUGAGUCUGUACAUACUCAAGGAUUUUCUUCAUUUGGGGUCAGUCACAGUGGUCAGGUAUUCUCUCUGUUUAGGGCCAGAUAGCAUUCUAAUUUGCUCUGUUUUUUGGUUGAUUCCUUCCAGUGUGUCAAAUGGUUAUCUUUACGCUUUCUCAUAAUUUGGUUGGGUCUAAAUGUGUUUCUGUCCUGGGGCUCUGUGGGGUCUGUUUGUGUUGGUGAACAGAGAUCCCCAGAACCAGCUGGCUGAUAAAGUAGUCUACAGUACUACUGCCAAGAGAUGAGCUACAGGUGUACCUGCCGUAGGAGCCCCUCGAAGCCUACCAUUGACUAUGUACAUACCUAGCGUGCGACAGAGCUCCUUCCUGUGUUAACGUUGUGGUGAUGCGGCAGUAGGGCGCUCCUUCCUGUGUUAACGUUGUGGUGAUGCGGCAGUAGGGAGCUCCUUCCUGUGUUAACAUUGUGGUGAUGCGGCAGUAGGGAGCUCCUCUCCCCCUCAGAGCAGGACUGAUCUCUCUGACCUCCUCUUCUCUCUCCCCUGUCCCUCUCAACCCCUUUUUUCCCUUUCCUUCUCUUAUCUUUCUUCUGUCACUCUGUUCAUCCCUCCCUCCCUCCCUCCCUCCCUCCCUCCCUCCCUCCCUCCCUCCCUCCCUCCCUCCCUCCCUCCCUCCCCCCUCAGGACAGCAGCAGUUCUACAGAGUCCGCUGACCUGACAGGCAUCAAAGAGCUGGAUGACAUCAGUCAGGAAAUCGCCCAGCUGCAGAGGUGAGCCCCUCCCCGAACACUAACCCCAGAACACUAACCCCAGAACACUAACCCCAGAACACUAACCCCAGAACACUAACCCCAGAACACUAACCCCAGAACACUAACCCCAGAACACUAACGCUAGAACACUAACCCCAGAACACUAACCCCAGAACACUAACCCCAGAACACUAACCCCAGAACACUAACCCCAGAACACUAACCCCAGAACACUAACCCCAGAACACUAACCCCAGAACACUAACCCCAGAACACUAACGCUAGAACACUAACCCCCGAACACUAACCCCCGAACACUAACCCCCGAACACUAACCCCCGAACACUAACCCUAGAACACUAACCCUAACCCCAUAUUGCUCGGCUGGAGGACAUCUUUGUUUGUCAUUCCUUUUAACAGCCAGGGGGAGAUCUUCUUCGUUGGAUUAAAUAUACUUUUGUUGUCUGUUGUUAAUUUACUUUGCGUACAGAAUCCUUGCCCAAUGACUAUCAAGCACAGCCAAAGAAAUGAGAAAAGGAAGCUAUUCCUAAAGCCAUUCCUGUGUUUUGGGACAGACGUUCUCCAGCUCAGCUGAUCCUCUGUGUGGUGCCUUGUGGGUUUUCCUGAUGUGUGUUCUGUAAACUGUGUCCUCGUCAUACUGCCUCUAUCUUUUACAGUGGGAUACACUUAGGGAACCUGGUGACACAAAGGACUUGUUGCUGUGUGUAGCAUUGACUAGGGCAGUGUUUCUCAAGCCAUAACUCGCAGAUCCCCAGAGACGGCACAGUCAUCUGAUGUCCAAGCACUUGGGGGAGGUAAUAACGUACAAUUUGACAUAAUCUCCUUCUCACCUAGCUGUGUGUGUUUGUGUGUGUGUGUGUGUGUGUGUGUGUGUGUGUGUGUGUGUGUGUGUGUGUGUGUGUGUGUGUGUGCGCGCGCGCCCCCCUACUUGUCCUGCUGUGUGUGUGAAUGGUGUUGCAGGGAGAAGUACACUCUGGAGCAGGACAUCAGGGACAAGGAGGAAGCCAUCAGACAGAAGAACAAGGAAAUUCAGGUGAGACACACGGGGAGUCGGGCACCCAUUUUAUCGAUGAAUCAUUCUUAAUGGGGCUAAUCCAGGGGAGGGCAACUCUCGUCCUGGAGUGUCUCAUGUAUCUCUAUUGCUGAGGUCUGCGCCGGUCUCCUUCCCUCAGGAGAUGCAGGGUGACCUGGACCAGGAGAGCGGUGGUCUGCAGGACCUGGAGGCCCAGAAGCAGGACGCUGAGCAGCAGCUGGAGGAGAUGGACCAGCAGAGGAACAAGCUGGAGGGCAUGCUGAAAGACGUUCAUCGGAAGUGUCAGGACCAGUCCACGCUGGUCAGUCAGCAACACACCUAUAGGGUCGUGUUCUAGACAGGAACAAUUCUGUCCCCAGUUAGAGCUGUGACGGCCGUAGAUUUUUGGAUGCCAGUUAUUGGUCAACCAAAUGACUGCGGGUCACCGUGAUAUCCGUUCCGACUAGCCAAUUAUAAAAAAUUUUGUACUUGUUUUUAUUUUAUUCCCCGCUCCUCCGCUCCUGACUGCAUGUGCUGCUUCUGCAGGGAGUGGGGUGUUGCCUAGGCAACCGAAGACUCAUUUGCUAAAACACCUUGCUUGUUUCAGCAAGGAGCAACACAGUUUCGUCACGUUGUAGAGGCCAUGUCAGAGUAGAAACGGACUGAACCGCACGGAUGCCGUCCGUCCUGUCUUCCGUCAGAUGUUCGUUCCACAAACUGUUUUUUAAAAUUUCUAUAAAGGUUAUUUUAUUUCAUGAUGGUCUUCAUCGGUUACUCGGUUACAUGGUGAUUGUGCCACCCCUAACCCCAGUUAUAAAGGCUUGUCUCAUCUAAUGUAUUUAUUGUAUGACUCCUGUUGCCGUCAGUUAGCAACUGGUUUUUAUCUUCUCAUUAGGGCCAGGAGUUUUUCCUAAACACUUGGCCCUAGUUUCAGUCUGUCACUAGCGCUUAUCGAAUUGUCAUGGAAAUACUACACAUGGGACACUCGAAGUCAAUCUUAAAUGAAUCAUUGUUUAUUGUCAGCGAGCUGGAGAGGUCACAGUCAAACUCGGAUGCAUAAAGUACCGGUCUGAUGUGAGCUCCCCCGGGGCAGUCCCGUUAGUUCUCUUAUAUACUGCUUAGACAGACAAGUUAUAUUUGCGUGAUUUAGCUUAUUCAUCAUUCAUAAUUAAUUAAUCAUUAACGUUUGGUUCAUGCAUGUGACCGACCAAUACUGCUUCAUGCAUGUGACAGACCAAUACUGCUUCAUGCAUGUGACCGACCAAUACUGCUUCAUGCAUGUGACCGACCAAUACUGGUUCAUGCAUGUGACAGACCAAUACUGCUUCAUGCAUGUGACAGACCAAUACUGCUUCAUGCAUGUGACCGACCAAUACCUCCCAAGGUUUCUUCUCUCCAAGUUGAGACCUUGAAACUGAGAUAUCCCUUUUGUAAUCAAAACAAUGUUCUGGGCGUUCUGCCAAAUUGCUCUACUGAUAGUGAGGAUUCGUUCAAUCAGUCACUUGCAUGAACACAGAAAUUGGUUAUUAGAAAAGCACAAACAUACAAUUUUCCAGCUCGGUAUCUUAUUUACAUAGGAUUCCUCUAGCUUGGAUAGCAGACCCUUUCUGAGCUGUCUUAUGAGUAGUUGUUAUGACACUUCCUGUCUCUCUCUUUUAUUAUUUAUUUCUUUAUUUUCCCCUCUCUCUCUCUUUCUCUCAUAUCUCUUCCUCAACCCUCUCUUUCUUUCCUUCCAUUCUACUCUCCUCCUGUCCAGAUCUCAUCCUUACAGACCCAGAUCCACAGCCAGGAGUCUGACCUGCAGAGUCAGGAGGAUGAGCUGAGCCGUACCAAGUCUGACCUGAACAAACUGCAGUCGGAGGAGAACCAGUUAGAGCAGAACCUGCUGGCCGGACGCAUGCAGCUAGACUCCAUCAUCAAGUCACUCAAGGCCACCCAGGAUGAGAUCAACCAGGUACGGUGGGGAUAGAGAAAUGCUAUAGCUCAUUGUCAUAGACAAAUGUUGUAUUAAAUGAAGGUAGUGUUACGUUUGGAGUAGAAUAUAACUUUUUUAAUGUCCGUCCGGGAAAUGGAAAUGUUCCUUUUUAAUGCGAAAUGAAAAUGUCCCCAUUUAGCUUAUACCUUUCUAAUGCUUUCAGAUCUAGGCAGGGGUUCUUCAACUUUUUCAGCUCAAGAACCAAAUGAGAAAUUGACCUUUCUCCCGUGGCCCAAAUCGUCCUACAACGACCCCAAUUUAAGAAGAGAUUGUGUGUGAUUUUAUAGAUUUAUUAUCAUAACUUGCGACCCACCUCUCACAUGCCCAGGGCACACUUUGGGUCCCCACCCAUAGUUUAAGAUAACCCGGACUAGAGGGUUGUUUCUGGAUGGGACUUUCACAAGAACAGUGUUGUUGUUGUAGACUGACAACCCAUUGUCCCUGCAGGCUUUUAUUAAUAAAGUCAUACAUGUAGGGCUGUGGCUGUCAUUACAUUUUGGCAGCCGGUCGAUUGUCAAGCAAAUAACUGCCGGUCUCACGGUAAUGUCACGUUCGUUGUGUAAAGGAUCGGACCAAGGUGCAGCGUGGUAUGCGUACAUAGUCGUUUAUUUUAAUAAACACCGACAAAAUAACAAAAUCCAACAGAACAGUGAAGUUCAAGAGGCUAAACAUCAAACAAGCCAAACAGAAGCAGAAGCAGAAACAAGUUCCCACAACAUAGGUAGGCAAAAUGGCUGCCUAAGUAUGAUCCCCAAUCAGAGACAACGAUCGACAGCUGCCUCUGAUUGGGAACCACACCCGGCCAACAUAGAAAUAAAUAAAUAAUAAUAAUAAUAAAUAAACUAGAUCUCACACCCUGACCAACUCAACUAGAGAUCUCAAUGUCAGGGCGUGACAGGUAAUUGAUCGUUAAAUAACAUAAACACAUUUAGCAUCUCCUGCCUUCCACACUUUUUUUUAAUGCAGGCUGCACACACUUCAUCAGUCUCUCAUUCAGAAUUUGACAAGCACUUGAUAAUGCCUUGAAUUUCCUGGCGGCAUCCCCCUUGUGUGGCCGUAAUGCCCCCUGAAAGAAUCCAUGCCUUUUGCGGCCAGUGGCCGUUGUGCCCUUGGGCUGAAUAUAAUAAUUAUAAUGUCCUUCUCCCGGCUGCCAAUCGCCGUGCUCCGAAGCACCUCUCACUCACAUGGCUCUCUCAGAUAUCUCAAUUCUUAUUAGCCAAUGCCCUUCCUUCUCACGGGCAUCUCGGCUCCGAAGUAGGCUACAAGUGAAGACAGACACGUUGAGGACACAACUGAGCCCAUCCUUCUUAUCCAAUUCCGAGGCGCAUAUUGAAGAUGUUAGAAGAACUGUCCACAUUUACUUUUCGUCAGCCGACAAGAUGAGUAGGCCUAACGAACAGCAAAAGCACUAGCCUAUGUUUAAUCUUCUAUCCCCCAUAGUACAAAAGUUGACCUGUUCUAUUGGUCAACUUGUCCUUCUGUGCAAUAAAUAAAUAUUCCAAACCUAGUCUGGGACAGUUGUGGGAUGCGAUAGAUCCUAAAUUAAUACAACCACUAGCAUCAAAAAAAACGUUUUUAAAAGCAUUGAGGCUGAUGCAACUGAAUCAGAACGUUUAGCUUAAAAUGUUGACUAUUAGGCUAUUUCUUCACAUUAUAUUUCUUUAAGGGGCGGCCAGGUAGUCUAGUGGUUAAGAGCAUUCGGUCAGUAACCGUAAGUUUGCUGGUUAAAAUCCCCGAGCCAACUAGGUGAAAAUCUGUCGAAGGCACUUAACCCUAAUUGCUCCUGUAUGUCGCUCUGGAUAAGAGCAUCUGCUAAAUGACUCAAAUGUAAAAAUGGUAAUCAAAAAUAAGCGCCGCAAUGCGCACGCGGCAGUAGACUAUAAGCACGAUUGUUCCAAAUGCAGUCAAUUAGCGGGAAAGCACCUUUCUCAAAUGUGAUUAUGCAUGUGAUGCUUUAUUAUAAAAGUGCAUUUCUAUGGUGAAAAUUAUCUUCCCCAAACUUGAAACUGCCUACGUAUGCCAGUUAGGCUGUACACCGGUUGUAAAGCAGAUUCAUGUGCUUAAUUUUAAGAAGUUAUUUGGCCAGUUUAGUUGUGAUACAAACCAUAUAAGCCUAUGGGCUAGGCUACAUGAGGUAUGCGACUAUAAUUUUACAAAGUUGAAAAGAAAAGGCAGCCGCUGUUUCUUGCCUUACUGCACACACUGGGCAUCAUUCACAAGUAAUAAUAUAUCAUUCACAAGUAAUAAUAUAUCAUUCACAAGUAAUAAUAUAUCAUUCACAAGUGAUAGCCUAAUAUUGUCACCCAUCAGACUAUUCUUAAUUUAAUCUUGUCUUUACCUUUACUAAAUAAUAUAUGUGUGGAAUUAGUUUUGAUUUAGGAUGGACCAUUAUCAUGCGCCUGUCUUGGAACAGGGGCAGGGGGAAAAAAUACAUGGAAUCUAUGCACUUAAAUAGCGAAUGGAGGACGCCUUUCCAAUGGUUCGUUUUCAUGCUAGCCAGGUAGGCUGUACUCCUGUUGUAAAGCGAAGCAAUGUGCUUAAUAUUAGGAAAGUUGAGAAAUAAUUAUAGUGGGCCUAGCCUAUAGAAAGCUGAUAGGAUCCUCCUCUUUUUAAUAGAGGCCAUCACUCUGUUUUCUCACACAAUUGCAUAGCCUAUAGAAAUGUUGCGCAACAUGAGCUCAUGGGCUCUCAUGGGGUGUUGAUUAGAUUUUCGAAUACAUUUGCAUUGAAGUCAGAGUGAUUAGAGGGACAAUAGAGUGCUGAGUACCAGGCAGUUAGCAAGUUUGGUAGCAGCAUCAGAGCUUGGAGUAGCCUAAUUACCGUGACUAAACGGUCACGGUAAUUUGACUGCGGUCAUGACUCGUGACUGGCGGUGUGGCGGCGGUAAUACGGUCACCGUAACAGCCCUACAUACAUACUCUUUUACUACGACAACCAGUGUUACUGUAGACUCACUGACAUCCCUUUAUCCCUUUAGGCUCGUAGUAAGCUUUCUCAGAUCCAGGGCAGUCAACAGGAUGUGACGAAGACCAUAGAGCAAUACAACAACGCUCUGAACGGAAUCCACGGCCAGACACAUGCUGGCAGCAUGACCAACCUGGCAGACAUGAGCGAAGUAGGAUUCUCAGAGAGGGAGAACGGAGGAUUUGGCGCCAGGGUGAGUAGUGUUGUCAUGAUAUCAGGGUCGUGUUCAUUAGGCGACUACCUGAACUACCUGAAUAAGAAAUGCUCAUUUUUGUUUUCCGUUGCAAAACAUUUAGCUAAGUAGUGCCUUAAUUAAUAUGACCGAAGACUGGAAAGAGCUUGGAUAUAAUGAAAUAUACACUGAGUGGACAAAACAUUAAGAACACCGGCUCUUUCCAUGACAUAGACUGACCAGGUGAAAGCUACGAUCCCUUUUUGAUGUCACUUGUUCAGUCCACUUCAAUCAGGGGAGGAGACGGGUUAAAGAAGGAUUUUUCAAGCUUUCAGACAAUUGAGACAUGGAUUGUGUAUGUGUGCCAUUCAGAGGGUGAAUGGGGUAAGACAAAAUAUUUAAGUGCCCUUUUAAUAGGGUAUGGUAGUAGGUGCCAGGCCCACUGGUUUGUGUCAAGAACGGCAACGCUGCUUGGUUUUUCACGCUCAAUAGUUUCCUGUGUGUGACAAGUAUGGCCCACCACCCGAAGGACAUCCAACCGACUUGACACAACUGUGGGAAACAUUGGAGUCAACAUGGGCCAGCAUCCCUGUGGAACGCUUUCGACACCAUGCCCCGAUGAAUUGAGGCUGUAUUGAGGGAAAAGGUGGGGGGUGCAACUCCAAAUUGGGAAGGUGUUCUUAAUGUUUUCUACACUCCUGUGUAUAUUAUAUUCCCUGCUAUUCAUGUGGAGCUCUCACUUUGUGUUUAGUGUGACCUCACUUCCUGUUGCUCACACCUGACAUAGUUGGUACCUUUUUUAUUUAAUGCUCAUUAUGUUAGUGAUUACAAGAAGAAGCGUCUCCAUUCAGUUCCGCUUGGUAAAGCUUUAUUGUCCCAACAUUGGGCAAUCUAGUUGAUUUUGAAUGGAAAUGGAGAAUCUUUUAUCUUUUGUCAAAAAACUUUUUUUUCCCAGGAGGACUCUUUCAAAUCGAAGAUAGCCAUGUUCAGCAGCAACAAAUCAACACCAGAGCCCCUUCCUGCAGCAGACCCCUUCCAGACAGAGGACCCCUUCAAAUCAGACCCCUUCAAAGGUAACUUUAAAAGUAUAUUAUACCAUAUGAAUGUUUAUGGAAAAUAGUUUGUGUUAUCAGAACCAUAUUGUUGCAACAAUUCUGGAAUGAUUCAAAUUCCAUGGCUAGGACUGUAUGUUCCAGAGGCUAUGAGGUUCUAUUCCUUUAUUAAAACGCUUGUGGUCAUACGCACAUGUGCUUGGCUAAUGAAGUAUACCUGAACAGAGCAGAAAGGCCUCCUCAUGGUAUAUGCUCCAUAUCACCACCGUUAAUGACAAUGUUUCCAUCCACAAGGAUCUUGGUCACGUUUUGUCUCAAUCCUCUCAGAUCCAUUUGGAGCAGAUGAUCCCUUCAAAGAGUCUGAUCCAUUCAAGGGUGCUUCCUCAGACUUCUUCAAGAAAACGACCGAUCUGUUCGCCUCAGCAGAUCCCUUCAGUAGAAAACCUACUCCCCCCAUCAAGGUAAUACAUGUUGAAUUACUGACAGAAUUAUUUAAUAUAUUAUUUUCAAUGUUUAUUUUUUAUUUUUUACAGUAUGUCAUAUUUGAAUACAUUAUAUUGAAUUAUAUUGUAUGUAAUUUUUAUCAUAUUUAUUGAAUAUAUUGGUAUUGAAAUGACAUCCUGUUUUCAGUUGAAUGAAUGUAUCUCGAUGGAGUUGAUCUUAAUGGUACUUCUCCUCCUGUCUAUUUCUCAGCCCAGUGGCAGUCUGUCUGGUAGCAGGGAUCUCUUGACCUCCCACAGCCCCAAGCCUACAGGUACCUCUCCUAUGCAUUACACAACCUCUUUUACACAUACACACACACACGCACACAUAUAUAUAUACACACACACAUACACACAUAUAUACACACACACAUACACACACACACACACAUAUAUAUAUAUAUAUAUAUAUAUAUAUAUAUAUAUAUAUAUAUAUAUACAUACACACACGAACACACACACACACAUAUAUAUAUAUAUAUACAUACACACACGAACACACACACACACACACACACACACACACACACUUACACACACAUUUGCUAUUUUUGUAUCUACAUUUGAAUUACUGUUUUUAGUCAGUGUAGUUGCACUCAAGAUACUUUAGCUGUAACGGUCAAGUAACAUUUAGAGUUGAGAAAAACUCUGUAUAUCACUAAGAGAGAUAGAAAGUCAGUUGAAUUGUGCAUAAACUUCUGAAGAAAAGCCCUCAUUCACUGCUGCCCAGGUGACGUGUUCCGGCACGUUUAGACAUUAUUUCUGGGCAUUAGUUUGUGGAAUACGAUUUCAACUCACUGUAAUUUCAUAUUUUCCUGGCUGAGGUCUAUAUUUAGUAGGAUACCUACGUAUUUAACUGCUGGCCAACUAAAAAUAACCCUGGAAAAACAGGAGUUGCAGUGGGGGCCAAACAUAACAGAAACUGUGUGUGUGUGUGUGUGUGUGCAUGUGUGACUGGAAACAGCACACCAGAACUCUCGCACCCCUGCUUUAACCAGUUCAGCUCUCCUACUCCCCCCUCUCCUCCUCUCCUACUCCCCCCUCUCCUCCUCUCCUACUCCCCCCCUCUCCUCCUCUCCUACUCCCCUCCCUCCCUCCUCCCCCUCUCCUCCUCUCCUACUCCCCCCUCUCCUCCUCCCCCUCUCCUCUCCUCCUCCCCCCUCUCCUCCUCUCCAUCCCCUGUUCAUUCCAUUCAUCCUCUGCUAUUGAACUGCAGGGCCUUUAUGCCUUAGUCACUGAGAGAGGAGGAAGUUGGUUUAAAUUAGGGCUAACACUCCUACGCACCGGUGAAACGACACCCCUCCACAGGAAUAAGGGCUACACUGUGGGGGAGACUUAGAGCUAUGCCACGAGAAGGAAAACGCUGCGUAACACACAUCAAUGUGCCCCUUCAUCGUCACAGUCACACACACACAGUCUCAAGUCGAAACAGAGUCGUUUCAUGCCAUUUCAGCAAGCCCAUGACACCCACCAUCUCAGAAUAUAUUCUGAAAUUGUUUCCGUAGUUAGAAUCGGGUAAGAUUGGCAUUCCUAAAACAUUAUUUUGAUGAAAUGUAAUUUUAUUUCUGACAAAUUAAGCUAAUUGUUUGCACCCAAAUUGGCCAUUUUUUAGUUUAUAGGAUUCAGAUAAUAUUCAAUAAAUAUAGUGCCCAGAAUCCGAUUUGGACCAAACUUCUUCCUACCAAUGAAUAAGACAUGAGGAAUCCCAAAAGAUGGGGUGUGGGGGUUCCACCCACGGAACCCCCACACCCCAUGCCAAUCCCACCUCAACAACCAGUACACAGUAUCAGUUCUCUUUGUUUGACGAGUAGCAUGAAGCUGCUGCUUGGCGCAUUGCUUCUUCAUACUAUGUAAUGUAUUCCCUGUGAAUCUGUUGAUGUUUUUUUUUUCCCCCCCCCUGUUCAGAGAAAUUAGUAUUUGAUGUGGCUUGCAUUAUUUACUGUAAAGUAGUGUGAAAGUACCAGGUUUUGAUCACUAGAUGCCACUGUUCCUGCUAUACCGGCACACUCUUUUAUCCAUUUUGCUGGUCUCUUGUGUUUAUUAAAUAGAUCACAACAUUUCCUUUGCAAUUUUGGGUAGAAAAACCAAUAGAUUUGGCUCAUGAUGAAAAUACAUUGUGUGGUCAUCCUCACAAUUCAAGCCACUCCUCCAUGAAAGCGAUUCAGUUUGUCCUAAUAGCAACCUAAUGCUUCAACCUUUAUUUACAAAAGUAUUCAGAUCCUUUGCUAUGGGACUCGAAAUUGAGCUGAGAUGCAUCCUGUUUCCAUUGAUCAUCCUUGAGAUGUUUCUACAACUUGAUUCGAGUCCACCAGUGGUAAAUUCAAUUGAUUGGACAUGAUUUGGAAAGGCACACACCUGUAAUAUAAGGUCCCACAGUUGACGGUGCAUGUCAGAGCAAAAACCAAGCCAUGAGGUCAAAGGAAUUGUCCGCGGAGCUCCGAGACAGGAUUGUGUUGAGGCACAGAUCUGGGGAAGGGUACCAAAAAAAUUCUGCAGCAUUGAAGGUCUCCAAGAACACAGUGGCCUCCAUCAAUCUUAAAUGGAAGAAGUUUGGAACCACCAAGACUCUUCCUAGAGCUGGCCGCCUGGCCAAACUGAGCAAUCGGGGGGUAACGGCCUUGGUCAGGGAGAUGACCAAUCACUCUGGCAGAGCUCCAGAGGUCCUCUUUGAAGAUGGGAGAACCUUCCAGAAGGACAACCAUCUCUGCAACAUUCCACCAAUCAGGCCUUUAUGGUAGAGUUACAGACAGAAGCCAUUCCUCAGUAAAAUGCACAUGACAUCCCCCUUGGAGUUUGCCAAAAGACACCUAAAGGACUCUCAGACCAUGAGAAACAAGAUUCUCUGGUCUGAUGAAACCAAGAUUGAACUCUUUAGCCUGAAUGCCAAGCGUCACGUCUGGAGAAUCCCUACGGUGAGGCAUGGUGGUGGCAGAAUCAUGCUGUGGGGAUGUUUUUCAGCGGCAGGAACUGGGAGACUAGUCAUAAUCGAGGGAAAGAUGAACGGAGCGAGGUACAGCGAUAUCCUUGAUGAAAACCUGCUCCACAGCACUCAGGACCUCAGACUGGGGGCGACGGUUCACUUUCCAACAGGACAACGACCCUAACCACUCAGCCAAAACAACGCUGGAGUGGCUUCUGGACAAGUCUCUGAAUGUCCUUGAGUGGCCCAGCCAGAGCCCAGACGAACCCGAUCGAACGUCAUCUUGAGAGACCUGAAAAUAGCUGUGCAGCGAUGCUCCCCAUCCAACUUGACAGAGCUUGAGAGGAUCUGCAGAAAAGAAUGGGAGAAACUCCCCAAAUACAGGUGUGCCAAGCUUGUAGCGUCAUACCCAAGAAGACUCGAGGCUGUAAUCGCUGCCAAAGGUGCUUCAACAAAAUACUGAGUAAAGGGUCUGAAUACUUAUGUAAAUGUGAUAUUUCAGUUUUGUAUUUCUAAUACAUUUGCAAAAAUGUCUAAAAACCUGUUUUUGCUUUGUCAUUAUGGGGUAUUGUGUGUAGAAUGAUGAGGAAAAAAACUAUUUAAUACAUUUUAGAAUAAGGCUGUAACGUAACAAAAUGUGGAAAAAGUCAAGGGGCCUGAAUACUUUCCAAAUGCACUGUAUAUUUCAACAGAAUGUUUCAGGAACGCUAAUCAUAUCCGUUACUAACUACAGAAACCAUUUCAGAACAAUCUGAGAUGGCGGGUGUCAGUCCUUUUCUUGUGCUUUUUGAGGAGGAACGACCCAACAAACAAAUAUUUUGUUACAAUGGUUUAUACAUUUUUCUGAAACCUCUCUGAAAUGUAUUUGAUAAGUCAAAAAGGCAUACAGCAGUGUUGGAAAACAACUCCACAGUACUGCUACCACGGUGCUGCUCACGGCAACCCACCUCAGUGCUGCUCACAGUAACCCACCACGUUGCUGCUCACAGUAACCCAGCUCAGUGCUGCUCACAGUAACCCACCACAGUGCUGCUCACAGUAACCCACCACGGUGCUGCUCACAGUAACCCACCACGGUGCUGCUCACAGUAACCCACCACGGUGCUGCUCACAGUAACCCACCACGGUGCUGCUCACAGUAACCCACCACGGUGCUGCUCACAGUAACCCACCACGGUGCUGCUCACAGUAACCCACCACGGUGCUGCUCACAGUAACCCACCUCGGUGCUGCUCACAGUAACCCACCUCGGUGCUGCUCACAGUAACCCACCACGGUGCUGCUCACAAUAACCCACCUCGGUGCUGCUCACAGUAACCCACCUCGGUGCUGCUCACAAUAACCCACCACGGUGCUGCUCACAAUAACCCACCACGGUGCUGCUCACAAUAACCCACCUCGGUGCUGCUCACAGUAACCCACCUCGGUGCUGCUCACAGUAACCCACCACGGUGCUGCUCACAGUAACCCAGCUCGGUGCUGCUCACAGCAACCCACCACAGUGCUGCUCACAGUAACCCACCUCGGUGCUGCUCACAGUAACCCACCUCGGUGCUGCUCACAGUAACCCACCUCGGUGCUGCUCACAGUAACCCACCUCGGUGCUGCUCACAGUAACCCACCUCGGUGCUGCUCACAGUAACCCACCUCGUGCUGCUCACAGUAACCCACCACGGUGCUGCUCACAGUAAUCCAGCUCGGUGCUGCUCACAGCAACCCACCACAGUGCUGCUCACAGUAACCCACCUCGGUGCUGCUCACAGUAACCCACCUCGGUGCUGCUCACAGUAACCCACCUCGGUGCUGCUCACAGUAACCCACCUCGGUGCUGCUCACAGUAACCCACCUCGGUGCUGCUCACAGUAACCCACCUCGGUGCUGCUCACAGUAACCCACCUCGGUGCGCUCACAGUAACCCACCUCGGUGCUGCUCACAUCAACCCACCUCGGUGCGCUCUCACAGCAACCCCCUCGGUUGCUCGACACGGUGUCUACAGCAACCCACCUCGGUCGUGCGCUCACAGCAACCCCCUCGGUGCCUGCUUCACAGUAACCACCUUGUUCUGUACAGUGGUUCUCACAUAACCACUGUCUUAAGUAGUUAAUCAGAUGCAUACAUCAGUCUUCAAGCUCUACUUUUCAGGUUUGGAAAGUCCUAGAAAAUGAAGCAGUCACACCACUGGAUUCUCUCUGUGUGGUUUCCCAGGCAGCUUCAGUAGCUAGUUUGUUCCCUAGAUGUUUCCAUAUUAAGUGUGUUUGGUUGUUUUCUUAAGUGUUUUUAUGGUUGUGGUGUUGUUCUGUUGUAGAUGGUUUCGGAACAGUGGACCCUUUCGGUGGCAACGCUUUUGGAGGAAAAGGUGGAUUCGCAGACUUCAGUCAAAUGUCCCACAAGGUAGGUUACAGGGGAGCGUUGUAGAUGUAAAUAAUAUAGAAGUACUAUUCCCAUAUUAAUAAAAUAACUGACAUUGAUAUGAUAUUUAUUUCCCCCCUGAAUCCACGGAGGCCUUGCAGUAAACCCACUGUCUGACUGUCAAGGCAACGAGAUGUAGGCUCGUAACAAAAUGCUGGUGUAUAAUACCUCUGUUUUAAAACUUCAUUUUGGAUGUUUUUGUCUUAUUCUGGCGUUGUGAGCAGAAGCCAAGCAACCCUGCGCUGCCACCCAAGAACGUGCCUAACAGACCUGCACCUCCAUAUGGUAGGUGUGCGUGCGUGUGUGUGUGUGUGUGUGUGUGUGUGUGAGCGAGCACUCAUGCACACGUUUCUGUGCUCACACUAAUAUGAGAAGGAACUCAUGUGAUUGUACUUAUAAAACACAGUUCUUCCCUAGUCAGCAAAAAAAACAAGAGAAACUCUUGUUACAUCAAAGGACCAGAACAGAAACUCUGAAAACUGAUGCAUAGAGGCUAACUUUUAAAACACCUUUCUAGGGGUAAUACCACAAUGCUAAAAUAGACGCUUAUAUUAUUAAAUCUGUUUAUCUAAUUCAUUUUCUUAAAAAAAAAAAAAAAAAACAUUCUAAGUACUGUAGUCUUGUUUUAUUGUUUCUGUGUCUCAAGUGACACCCUAAUCCCUACAUAGUGCCGCUACUUUUGACCAGAGCCGUGUGGUACGUAGCCUGUGAGUGUCCUCUGGAAAAUGUUAGUUAGUUAGAAGGAGGAGAGGUUGGGGUAAGUGACCGUUUGUAGCAUCAGUUUUUCAGAACGACUCAUUUGUGUUCUAACACUGUCUUAUUAAACUUGUGAGAGCGUGUUUGUGUGUGAGAGCGUGUUUGUGUGUGAGAGCGUGUUUGUGUGUGAGAGCGUGUUUGUGUGUGAGAGCGUGUUUGUGUGUGAGAGCGUGUGUGUGUGUGAGAGCGUGUGUGUGUGUGAGAGCGUGUGUGUGUGUGUGUGUGAGAGCGUGUGUGUGUGUGUGAGAGAGCGUGUGUGUGUGUGAGAGCGUGUGUGUGUGAGCGUGUGUGAGCUCCUUGUUAGUACUUCUCCUUUUCUCUCCUUCUCUGUGUGGUUGUGUUCUGAGGGUGCAGAACCCUCCGUUUCUUCUUCUUUUGUAGUAGCUGGUAAACAGGAAAGCUGUUGGAACAGAUAAGGUCUGUUUUUGCUUGAGCACAGACUGAUUACUUUGAUUGUAUUGUUUACCAUCCAAAUCAGGUGUCCAGAGUAAGAUAUGAAUUAACCAGUGGUCAGAAAAUAUGACAAUUUUAGUAGUGAGGUAAUGGACACUGGGUAGUUUGAAUGGUCAAACUGUCUGUCAAAGUUAGGCUGCCAGCAGGUCAAAGUUAGGCUGCCAGCAGGUCAAAGGUCAACAGAAAGUUGCGCAAAAGCUGGAAGUGUGUGUGGUCUGCCCUCAUCUACCUCAGUGUGUGGUCUGCCCACAUCUCCCUCAGUGUGUGUGUGUGUGUGUGUGUUCUGGUUGACACGGGAGUGAAAAUUCAGUCCUGUCCCGUCUUGUCCUGUCAAUGUUUUUCUAUAACCCCGGAACUUUCCUGUCCCUUCCCGAGAAAAAUCACUCCCGUCCCGUGCUCAUUCCUGCGCACAGAAAUAUGUAGGCUAUUGUGUUUGUUUAGGAAGUAUUUAAAAUAAUUUCAGUAAUGCAAUAUGCGACUGUGAUAUGUGGUUGUCUUACCUAUUGGAGUUAAAUGGACUGACUUUAGGUCUAAGUAGCUGGAUAAGUGUAUUCUAGAUCAUUAAGGCUGGAGGAUGAGGACAAAGACCACAGCAGGUAGGUCUGCUCAACACAGCACCGGCAGAAAUCUGUAGCCUAGAGCACAGCACCGGCAGAAAUCUGUAGCCUAGAGCACAGCACCGGCAGAAAUCUGUAGCCUAGAGCACAGCACCGGCAGAAAUCUGUAGCCUACAGCACAGCACCGGCAGAAAUCUGUAGCCUACAGCACAGCACCGGCAGAAAUCUGUAGCCUACAGCACAGCACCGGCAGAAAUCUGUAGCCUACAGCACUGAGCACAUAACACUGUAGCUUACAGCUUAGCACUGAGCACAUAACACUGUAGCCUACAGCUUAGCACUGAGCACAUAACAAUGUAGCCUACAGCUGAGCACUGAGCACAUAACAAUGUAGCCUACAGCUGAGCACUGAGCACAUAACACUGUAGCCUACAGCUGAGCACUGAGCACAUAACACUGUAGCCUACAGCUGAGCACUGAGCACAUAACACUGUAGCCUACAGCUGAGCACUGAGCACAUAACACUGUAGCCUACAGCUGAGCACUGAGCACAUAACACUGUAGCCUACAGCUGAGCACUGAGCACAUAACACUGUAGCCUACAGCUGAGCACUGAGCACAUAACACUGUAGCCUACAGCUGAGCACUGAGCACAUAACACUGUAGCCUACAGCUGAGCCAUAACACUGUAGCCUACAGGCAUAACACUGUAGCCUACAGCUGAGCACUGAGCACAUAACACUGUAGCCUACAGCUGAGCACUGAGCACAUAGGAACAUUUACAACACAUUAACAUUUACAACAUGAACAUUAAAAAAAACCUGAGCGGCAGGACUGCAUAGGCUAAGUCAACCUAUUUAUAUUUCACGCUUCACCUUAGAUAUCACAGGUUUUGUUAAAUACAUGAACAAUUGGGCUUGACAGUAAAGCUGUUAGGAGUAGAGCAGCUAUGCCGCUUCAUGCUUCGUGUCCCGCUCUCUGGUUGGUAGACUAUUUGAUUAAAACGCAGCAUUUUUUACAAUCUGCAUACUCGCUUCCUUCCUUGUAAAAGACAACUCCAUCAAAUGUAGCUAAAACAUCGCUCUUUCCUUGGCUCUAAUGUUAAUGUUCGUGAUGGGUCCUUGGCUGCAACAAGACGUUGCAAUUCCUUGAAGGCUUCAUCAUUAAAGCCUACUGACGUAGAUUGGCAUCUGACUUUGAGGUAGCCUAGUGACUGGCAACAACUGGAGCGAGGCGCGAGUGAGCCGACGGGAGGGGGGAAAUCACCAUUUACUUUGUAUUUAUUUGUAUUAAGUAAACUUUAUUAGGCUACAGCUGUUGUUUUUAUGAAAUGCUCCACACAUGACAUAUUUCCACCCCAAAAACUCAGUUUAUAACUAUUCCUGUACUGCCCGUUCCUGUAGACUGUUGAUCCUGUCCCGAACUUGACUCCCAUUCCUGCCAGAAUCCCGCAAGACCCGUGUCAACCUCUACGACCGACAUCUCCCUGUAUGUGUGUGUUCUGCCCACAUCUCCAACAGUGUGUGGCCUGUGUCUCUCUUCCUCUGUGACCUCUCUCACUCUCCUAGCAGCAGCCACAGUCCAGAUGUGGUGGUGGUGUCAACUGUUCACCCUCGCUCGCCUCUCUUUCGCCUCUCCUCUCUCUCUCUCGCUCUCUCAUGCCUCUCGCUCAGUAAAAUGUCAAACAAUGUCAAAAGUACACAAAUAAUUAAAAUGUUUUAAAAAAGUACAACGAAUCCAAUUAAAAACCCAAAUAACGCUGGAUAAGGAGCCGGGUAAACACUCCAUGGCUCGGGUGACUGAGGUUCUUAAUGAUCUUCUUGGCCUUCCUUUGACACCGUGUGCUGUAAAUGUCCUGGAGGGCAGGCAGCGAGCCUCUGAUGAUGUGUUGGUCUGACAGCACCACCGUCUGGAGAGCCUUGUGGUUGAGGGCGUUGCAGUUGCUGUACCAGGCGGUGAUGCAGCCCGACAGAAUGCUCUCAGUGGUGCAUCUGUAGAAGUUUGUGAGGGUCUUAGGGGCCAUGGCAAAUUUCUUCAGCUGCCUAAAGUUAUAGAGGCGCUGGUUGAUUUCAGGUCCUCAGUUAUGUGUAUGCCGAGGAACUUUUGUCCCUAACCACUGGUGCCCCGUCGAUGAAGAUAGGGGCGUGCUCCCUCUUCUGUCUCCUGUAGUCCACGAUCAGCACCUUCGUUUUGUUGACAUUGAGGGAGAGGUUAAUUUCCUGGCACCACUCCAACAGGGCUCUCACCUCCUCCCUGUAGGCUGUCUCGUCGUUGUUGGUAAUCAGGCCUACCACUGUCGUGUCGUCAGCGAACUUGAUUAUUGAGUUGCAGUCAUGGGUGAACUGGGAGUACAGGAGGGGACUAAGCACGCACCCCUGUGGGGCCCCUGUGUUGAGGAUCAGCGUGGCGGUGGUGUUGUUUCCUUCAGGAAGUCCAGGACCCAGUUCCACAGGGAGGAGUUCAGACCCAGGACCCUGAGCUUAGUGAUGAGCUUGGAGGGCACAAUGGUGUUAAAAGCUGAGCUAUAGUCGAUGAACAGCAUUCUCACAUAGGUAGUCCUGUUGUCCAGGUGGGAUAGGGCAGUGUGUAGUGCAACAGCGAUUGCAUCGCCCAUGGAUCUGUUGGGGCGGUAUACAAAUUGAAGUGGGUCAAGGGUGUCGGGUAUGGUGGAGGUGAUGUGGUCCUUGACUAGCCUUUCAAAGCACUUCAUCAUGACAGAAGUGAGUGCUCGUGUGCUACUGGGCGAUAGACAGUUCAGUGACCUGAGCUUGCUUGUGUACAGGAACAUUGGUGGCCAUCUUGAAGCGAGUGGGGAUGACAGGCUGGUGCUGGCGCGUCAACUAUUCAGCCUCUAUCUCUGAGAGGAGGGGUGGAGUGUAGCUGGUCUCGACGGGUGCUCCUUUCGGUCACCCAGCUUUACCUUAUAUCUAUCCAAAUUGUACCCAUGUAUUUCACAUGGGCAUCAACACUCUUUAUAGUGCUUGAUGCACAGAAAAGCCACCUAUAAAAGCCCACUACAACAAUGUAGUUGUUGUUGUUGUUUAACACAGUAGCUAGCAUGAUGGUAGUCUGAUGGUUUUCUAGGUUUCUUUCUAAGGCCACAAUUCUGACUGACAGGCUAAUUACCUCCAUCUGUGUUAUGUCAAUAGUAAACAAGUGUUGUGUUGUAUGUCAGGACAGCAGCAAUAGAGGGAGAACCAGCCUAUCAUUACAACAAUACAAACACAAAAAUACUAGGUUGGACAAUGAAGCUCUUUAUUAGGCCUCCCGAGUGGCACAGUGGUCUAAGGCACUGCAUCGCAGUGCUAGCUGUGCCACUAGAGAUCCUGGUUCGAAUCCAGGCUCUGUCGUAGCCGGCCGCGACCGGGAGACCCAUGGGGCGGUGCACAAUUGGAAAGUGAUGGUGUUUUCUCUACAGCCCUGCUAAUACAAGCCACAGAGAAAGUGAUGGUGUUUUCUCUACAGCCCUGCUAAUACAAGCCACAGAGAAAGUGAUGGUGUUUUCUCUACAGUCCUGCUAAUACAAGCCACAGAGAAAGUGAUGGUGUUUUCUCUACAGUCCUGCUAAUACAAGCCACAGAGAAAGUGAUGGUGUUUUCUCUACAGCCCUGCUAAUACAAGCCACAGAGAAAGUGAUGGUGUUUUCUCUACAGCCCUGCUAAUACAAGCCACAGAGAAAGUGAUGGUGUUUUCUCUACAGUCCUGCUAAUACAAGCCACAGAGAACGUGAUGGUGUUUUCUCUACAGCUUUUUUUCAAGUCAGUCGGUGUCCAAAAUGGCACCACCCUAUUCCCUAUGUAGUGCACUACUUUUGUAUUCCCAUACGUAGUGCACUUUAUAGUAAAUAGGGUGCCAUUUGAGACGCACAGCAGGCAGAUCCUCAGUGUGUUUCCUCACUACGUUGUGGUUAAUACCUCAUGUAACCAGUGCUACUUCCACAAUGCCUACUGCCCUAAUACCAGUGGCUCAGUGUGUCACACACAACCAGUGGUCUCAGUGUGUCACACACAACCAGUGUCUCAGUGUGUUACACACAACCAGUGUCUCAGUGUGUCACACACAACCAGUGGUCUCAGUGUGUCACACACAACCAGUGUCUCAGUGUGUUACACACAACCAGUGUCUCAGUGUGUCACACACAACCAGUGUCUCAGUGUGUCACACACAACCAGUGUCUCAGUGUGUCACACACAACCAGUGUCUCUGUGUGUCACACACAACCAGUGUCUCUGUGUGUUACACACAACCAGUGUCUCAGUGUGUCACACACAACCAGUGUCUCUGUGUGUCACACACAACCAGUGUCUCUGUGUGUUACACACAACCAGUGUCUCAGUGUGUCACACACAACCAGUGUCUCAGUGUGUCACACACAACCAGUGUCUCAGUGUGUCACACACAACCAGUGUCUCAGUGUGUUACACACAACCAGUGUCUCUGUGUGUCACACACAACCAGUGUCUCUGUGUGUCACACACAACCAGUGUCUCUGUGUGUUACACACAACCAGUGGUCUCAGUGUGUUACACACAACCAGUGUCUCAGUGUGUUACACAGGCAGCUCUGGGCUUCUUCCUGCUACUGCUACUUUCAUCACUGCAACACGUACUUCUCCUAAUGUGGCUCAAUGUAGUUGGGCCAUUUAAAUGUACACACCUUUUGAUGCCGGGGUUUUCUGUAUAUAACGAGACACGACCUAAUUUUGUAACGUCAGUCAAUCAAUUAAAUUCCACCAAAUACUGUUUGUGUAGUGCUUGUAACGAAUACAUUAUUGUCACAAAGUUUUAAACGGUAGCCUGGAACUAAUGUGAGACUGUUAUGUCAUUCUAAGUACUGUACUCUUUAAACAAAUUCAAGAAUCACAGUGCUGUGGAAAAGUAUUUGCGCCCUUCCUACUUUUCUCUACUUUUGCAUAUUUCUUUCAUACUGAAUGUUAUCAGAUCUUCAACCAAAACCAGAUAUUAGAUAAAGGGAACCUGAGUGAACAAAUAACACAACAAUUACACACUUGUUUCAUAAACAAAGUUAUGCAACACCCAAUGCCCAUGUGUGGGAAAAGUAAUUGCCCCCUUUCACUCAAUAACCAAACGCUUCCUGUAGUUGUUGAUCAGUCUCGCACGUCGCCGUGGAGGUAUUUUGACCCACUCUUCCAUGCAGAACUGGGUGUUGCAGAACUUUUGUUAAUUAAAUAAAUAAUUAAUUUGUAAACUCAGAUUCCCUUUAUAAAAUAUUAGGUUUUGGUUAAAGAUCUGAUUAUCAUUCAGUAUCAAAAAUAUGCAAAAAUAGAGAAAUAUCAGAAAGGGGGCGAACAUCUCUUUCAUGGGACUGCACAACAACAUUCCUAUAUUUAUGGUUCUCUCUUAGGACUUGGGUUGGGUGGUGGAGGUGCUGCUGCUUUGGAAAAACCAAGGGACCCGUUCCAAAUUCAAAACACCUUUGGAGACGCAUUUAGCAGCAUAAAAGAUCCUUUUGCUCUUCCGCGUGUCUCCAGCAAAGCUACCUCUAGAGGGUUUGGUUCUGUAAGUUUGAGCUCAAUGGUUCUCCUACUGUCCAGUCCCAGCCACUGCUGCUUUCUGCUUUCUGCUUGUAGUGGCCAUCUCAGAACAUCUAGAGCGGAACACAAGUUCUUUCAUUUCUCUUCUGCGCCUCAUUCUAGCACCUCGAGCUGGAGUAGCUGUUGCUAUGCAACGUUUCACCAUCCAAUAGAUUUAUUUGUAACAAUUCACUUGGAAUAGCUUUUCAGGGUCGUUUUUAUGAUUGUAGGUGCUCAAACCAUGUGUAUUAUAAAGGAGCAUUUUACAAAAGCUGAAGAACAGAGGCACAUCUAGGUCUUUUCCUCAGGUGCUGGAGCUGUAGGUAAAUUCAUGAAAAACAGAAAGGAAAACACGGCACACUGCUUCUCAUACUCCCAGGUGAUGUUUAUUUAUAACAACGUUUCCACCCUCAGGUCUUCAUCAGGCAUCCAUAUCCCAGGUGGGGGUGGAAGGUCCUAUUUAUAGGGGCAGUACUCAGUGACAUCACUUCCUGAAACAGGAGGUAAAAAAUGUAUAACAUAGGUAACACAAUAUUAACAUUCAAUGUAUCAACAUAUAUGAUCAUACACAAGGAAUGCAAUCAAUAUUUACAGUAAUAUACAUACAAUAUUCAUACGAUGUUCAAUUAUCGUUUAAAAGAAAAUACAAUUUGGCCAUAUUGAAACUAUAAAAACGGUUUCAAGUCAAACUCCUCGCCAAGAGGAGACGGUGUGUUGAGCCUGUGGAUCCAGAAAGAUUCCCUUUUUGAAGAAGUUUCCUCUCAAUGUCCCCUCCCCUGCGUGACAUCUUGACCAUUUCUAUUCCAAUGUAUCUCAGAGAACUGCAUUGCUUGCUGUUUGGGGUUUUAGGCUGGGUUUCUGUAUAGCACUUUGUGACAUCUGCUGAUGUAAAAAUGGCUUUAUAAAUACAAUUUGAUUGAUUGAUAAUAGGAUGUCCAGCUUGUACAAAAUGAACAGCAACCAGAUUUUCUGUCUCACCUGUCCGUAUAUUGCUGCGGUGCUCACAGAUCCGUGUCUUAAGGCUUCUGCGGGUUUUCCCUAUGUAAGACAGACCAUCAGGAAGUGAUGUCACUGAGUACUGCCCCUAUAAAUAGGACCUUCCACCCCCACCUGGGAUAUGGAUGCAAAAGGAGCAUUUUACCCAAUAUUUAUUUUCAUAUUAUUACAGAUCACCUGUACUGUAGUGUUGACGAACAAACCUCUUGAGAAAGCUCACCAGACAUCAGGAUACAGUCUUCAUUUUCUUUGCAUUAGCAGUCCAUGCUCCUCUAGUCUCCAGGGUUGGGCUCAAUUCCGUUUCAAUUCCAGACAAUUCACUGAAGUACACUGAAAUUCCAAUCCUCUCCAAUGCUUUUCAAUGAGGAAAGCUAGGAUUUGGAAUUGGAAGUUGUUUUACUUUUCGGAAUUGACUGGAAUUGAAUUGGAAUUGACUGGAAUUGAAUUGGAAUUGACCCCAACCUUGCUUGUCUCUCCCCUACUGCACCAUCAUGGCAUUGGAGGCUGGUCGCUGGCACUUCCUGUGCCGUCUCUGACAUCUGGCUAAACAAACUUUAAAAAAAAACGUGUCUAGAACAUGGUUGAGUGUUCUUAGUUCAACACAACACAAAUGACAAUCAUCUAUGCUAUAAUAGUUCUGUGGCAUCUCUCACUCCCUCAGUCAGUGUUCUGCUCGCAUAUUAUACCGUGUGACUCUCUGUCACUUAGGAGACGUACAGUAAGUAGUCUUGUCAGAAUCUCUCUCUUUAGUCUCCCAUACUAUCUGGUAGAUCUGCUGCUGGCAUGGCAGCUUUGCAUUUUCUGUUGCGUUUGUUGUUGCAUUGUACUACCAUUUGUUGAUGCUGUUUACCUAGGUCCUGGUGCCAACGUGUUGUGAAGUGUCUGUUUGUGAUCUGAUCUGCGUAAUCUGCAGAGGUGCUUGUUAUUUUUUAUCAUUUGUAUGUAAUGUGUUUUUCUCCCAGGAUUGGAAAGUGUCAAGGUAAGAUUACUAGAGAUGGGUGUGAUUUUUCCAAAUGUAAUUCUUUGCAUGCGAAGAACCUUUCUACAUUCCAUUCUCUGACUGGACGAGCACUCUGAUUUGGUGAUUACUAUUGACCUCUUUUAUCAGGUGGCUUGACACACUGAAUAGAAAAUGGAGGCAUGUUACAGUUGGUAGCACCAGCAAUCUUUAUUUUUAUUUUAUUUUUUCUCACUGAUUUAAAGAAUUCAAUAUUUAUCAAUCACCACUAAUUCGAUAAAUCACCAUGAACUGUUUUUACCACAGUUGGAACUCAUGACUACUCAAAUUCCAACUUCUCGGUUCAAACACCAUCAUUUGAUCGCAAAUGUUUUUAACGCUCACUAUUGUCUCCCAAAUGUAAAAGUUGAGUACGAGACCCUUUUGACAUAUGCAGGCUUUAGGUCUGUGUGUCUGUGUGCAUCUCUCCCCUUGUAUCCAGCGUGUGACGUGUCCCCUUUACCUUCCUGUAGUUUGGAAGUGAAUCAGAGCAGCUGGCGUGGGCGACGAGGGAGAGCGAGCGGGAGGAACAAGAGAGGCUGAGGAGACUCCGCCUACAGGAACAGGAGGACCUGGAACUGGCCAUCGCCCUCAGCAAGGAUGAAAACUAAAAAAACCUGUCACAGACUCGCAAACAAUAACCACAACCCUGUUACACACUCGCAACAAUAACCACAACCCUGUUACAAACGCGAGACAAUAACCACAACCCUGUUACACACUCGCAACAACACACACCACCUGACCACAGUCCUGUUACAAAGCUGAAUAAAACAAUGCUGCUGACUGACAUCAAACAGUACAGCCCACAUACAGCUGCACUACUAGCAACAGCUCCUCAACAGCCCAAAUACUACCGUCUGACUACAGCCGGAGAACAGCGUUGUCUACAGACCUCAAUACAGCUAGACUAUAACUCUUGUACUCCCCCAAUACAAAACUGGAGUACACCCCCAACAACUACAACUUCUGUGACGUUCUGACAGCAGCCCUUCUACCGAUACAGCUCUGUGGCGUUCUGACAGCAGUCCCUCUAGACAGUGGCCCAAAUCGUCCCCUAAACGCCUACGCCCUAUGCACUUGCGGAGAUCUGAGAGGAUCUGACAGGUGUAAGUAAUCUGGUAAUAGCUCCACCCUGCUCUCUGAUAGGCUAGGUGGAAGUUUCCCCAUGUUGCUUAUACCAAUCAAAUCCUCUCCGAUCUCCACAAGUGCUUAGGGUGUUGGGUUUAGGGGUCAAUUUGGGAUUGGGCCUAAUAUGUACAGAUGGGAUGGCAGCCCCGCUACCGAUCCAGCACCACUGAAGCCAGACUUUAUGAAGACUCUAACCUACCAAAACCUCUCUUUAACCUCUUUGUCAUCAGCCUCAAUGGCCCUCUAGUCAGCCACAUCACAACUAUAAUCAACCACAGCUCAGCUCCACUUUAGCCUGACUUUAGUCCGACUUAAGCUUGACUGACCACAGCCUAAAUCAAGAGUGACUUAACUCUGAUUGGCUACGGCCAGUGGUCUAACUCUAGCAGUCCCCGUAGUUAUUCUGUGGGGAGACUCUGGAUGCUUCCCUUUGCAUUGCUUCAUCGUUUGUUGUGAGGAAACAUCAAAGAUUUUAACAUUUUUUUUAUUUAAUUUUAAUUAUUUAUAUAGGGAAAGAUCAUGCACUUGUGGUUUAUGAAGUGUCUGUACAUACACUGUUAUAGCUGUAUAAUAUACCCUUUAAUAACUGCUUAGAAACAUUCAUAUUAAAAGUCUAAACUUAGCAUACUCUUUCUCUGUCAGUGAGUGUGCUUGUGUUCCUGAUUUCUGGUGAAAAUCUAUUUUUUGGUGAGGAAAUCUCUAGAUUAUGGAAAGACAUUGUUUUGUUGUUUGCUUGUCUCUGGGUUCGCUACUGUAUUGCCUUACAUCCCAACAGAAGAAUGACACGUUCAAAAACUCUUCUGCCUUAAAGGAUAUGGGGGGGGGGGUUG